ACCUAAUAAGGCCGUCAGCCAUGCUGGCGAACAAGUUUCUAUUCUUAUGGAGUUUUGCCUCAGGUAAAAGUGAAGUAUUUUUUUUACCCACUGCUAAAAAUCCUGGUCUAUAUUUCGUAAUGAGUCUUGUUUGAUCGUUGCGGUAAACGCGUUUCUUUUCUUUUCCCUUCUGUUCAGCUGUUGUGGGUUCAUUUGGAACCGGUAAGUGUUAUUCUUAUUUGUUUUUCAGUCAGCCUCGUGACUUAGCUUAUUUCAGGCCCUUGAACUACUCCGUUAUCGCGUUGAAAUAUGAAAACAGUACUACCGAACCAAAGGGAGCACACCUGUGUUUAUAAGAAGAAUGCAAUCUGCGGAAAAUUAAUUGAGAGUUAACAUUCUUUAAUUGCUGAAGUGUAAGGUAUGAUGUAUGGCACGCACAUGUCGUGCGUUUCGUAUCGUUUGUUACAAGUAGAAGGUUAUAAAUCCUGAGGGAAUUCGGAGUGGCUUAGAUAUAGUUUUGUUCAUAUUCUGUCCUUAACAGCUGCCAAGCGGAGAGCAGCAUUAAGCUGCUUUCCCCCUUUUUGAGAUAUUAUUGCCGGAUUACGGCUUUUGAUUAAAAACGUCACUCUGCAGUUAAGUUCAGUUAGCAGAAAAAUGCAGUUCUCACACUUUAAAGUUUGGUUUUCGUGAGUUUAUCUGCCGAAUUACAGCUUUCGACUGAAAACAAUUAAUCAUUAGUUCACUUGACUUCUCAAAACCGACACGGUCGACCAAGGUUCCGUAUGACAGGAGGGAAGGUUAGAAGUGAGGGUUAAAUUUUCUUUGCUUGAAAGUUGAAAUUAAGCAGCUGGGUUGUGUUUUCAGUGCACGGACUUUAAAAAAGAUGAUGAUACUCAAAAGCAAUUAUCCAUGGCAUUUAAUUUACCCGACAUGUAAAGAAGAAUUUAAUUGUUGGCUUCAUUGAUAUAAACAUUCAUAUUGGACCCAGAAUGUCCAAUUUUUUGGCUACUAAUACUUACAACGACUGAUCAAGGUGUUGGUCGUAACGAAUUAACGAAAUCGAAGAACUAAGCAAACCUAUAUUGUUGCUAAAGAGUCAAUAAAAAGAAAUAUCUAAAACAGAAAACAUAUUAGUACACCGAACUUUAGAAUAUUGGCCUCUCGGAAGGUGUUCCUUUUUCAAAAAAAAAACAAAUCAAAUUAAUCACAAACAAAAAGACACUACUCUAGAAAUUAAAACCCAGUGCCACGUUACAAAUGAUUUUUCUUUUUGAAAAGCACAUUUGUUCGACUUUUUCACCGUUUUAGUUCGAAAGACAAUAAGUUGUGUUGAGUUUUAAUUUCUAUAAGUACUUAAUGUAAAUCUGUACGUAUACAUUAAUUCAAAGUGAUAGUCUCUGAUGGGUUUUUACAAAUCUGUCCAGUCUGCAUCAUAUAUAAUAUAUCCGAACGCAAUUACAAUUUCAUUUGAAAAUUUAGUCGGACGAUGAUUUGUCCGAUGACUGACAGUGAUUUGUUGCUCUGAUUAGUGGAAUAGAAGCCCACAGAGGGCGAAAAAUUGGGAAGUGAUUACCGAGCAAGAUAUCAUCUUGACAAACUUUGAGUCUCGAAGACAGAGCAGGACUUAUUUUCUGGAAUGUUGCGUAUCUAAAUUUACUCUCAACUGGUUUCGAAAUUUUGUUAUACGCAAAUAAAAGUAAGGAUUCCAAGAUAAAGACAAUGGAUUUUUUUUAAUUAGUGAUCACUACCAUUUCCUGACAUUUUUCAGUUUUGCAUACCGUUCAAUAGUGUUAGUCUGCUUUUCACAUGAGGUGGUGCACCUUCCUCGGCUAGCAGCUAAUUCUAUAAGUCAGAGUGUGAAUGUCAUUUCUUAUAGUUGGUGUCUACUGCUUUUCAAUGAAAAAAAAAAACAACAAUGAAAACAAAAAAAAAACUUAUCACAGAAGUGUUAUGUGUGCGGAUAACACCAUAAUCCUCUGGAUCAAGCUUUAGACCACGCUUUGUUCUUUAAAACAACCCUAAAAUCACUUAUCAUGCAAUAUAACACAUGAAAAAAAUGAGCUAAGUCGAAAAGGUUAAUUUUCUUUAUUUCACUAAACGCUUGUGGAACAGAUUGAACUUUUUUAUUUAGAUUAUGAUCGUUUUAACUUUUAUUAAAGCGUUUAUUUUCUGUAUUGAUAUAUGGUGUCACCACUUGGUGUGUAAUAACUAGUCGAUUUAUCAACGGUUCUAUUUAUCUAUCUUCCAUUAAGUUAGAACACAUUAUGGCCGACAUAGAAAAUUUUCUAAGAGGUGAUUGCUUCCAAAAGCGGUUAUUUAGAGGACAGAAAAAUUUUUACUUAUCAAAAGGUACGUUUAGAAGCGUUUCGUCUUACGCAUCUUUUACAGUGGGUUGUCUGUUUUGCCUUUUAAGAUAUCUUAAUAUGUACUUUAUCUCAAUCGGUAGAUAAAAUUGAAUUUUGUGAGUUUUUGUUUGAGUUCUUUGUGACACACACUAGCGGCUUACUAUAGGAGCGUGCAGUCCGUAAAGAGCUCUUAGUUCUUUACGAAAGAGACCGGAAACUAGAAAGAGUUGUUUUCAGACUUUUUUGCCGGGGACUUACGUCACUCAAACGGCUACCAUCAGUUUGCCUGGGUGAUCUUUAUUCCAGGUUUUUUCCAGAAUUAAUGUUGAUAGCUUUUUUUAUACUGAGUUUGUAGUCUUUCUGACAGUAUUAAUAAAUUGUACUUUAAUGAGGCGAUUUUUAUAAGGUGUGUUAGAUGGGGCAAGGGAAAUGAAGUUUAACAAACUUACAAACUUUCUUUUUAAAAAAAUCGAGCGAUAAUCGACUUAGUCAAAAAAAUAUAUAAUACUUGAUCAAAUCCAAAUUUUGUUUCAGAUUAAAGUGCCCAUAUGAUAAAGAGGAGACUGAGGUUUUUUCUUUUUUCUCGGGAAUGCGUUCAGUUCUCACCAGACGCCAAAAUGUUUGCACAAACUACAGUGACUGUCAUAUGUCCUUACAGUUUCCUUCGUCUUUUCAUCCUUUGCCGCAGACCGUGGUUAACACUUGACGUUAACAGAUCGACGCAGUUGGAUUUACCGCUGAGUUCUCUCUCUCUUUCGCUCUCGACGCUCUAGAGUUGGCGGGGCUAACGCUAGACUGAAAUGUCAGCUCUAAAGUAUCCCUCUCUAGCUGUUUGUUUUAGGAAAGAGUGUGUCUUAAAUAAUAUGUCUGAGAUAACUGUCUCUAAAGACAUUUAGCAGCUUUUUCAUAGUUUUUCACCGGCUCGAAGACCAGGGUUGCGAUCGUUGUCAUUGGUGUUGCUUUCUUUCCUAUUUCAUGCUAGCUUUGAGAAUUUUUAAUAAAGUUGUUAUUAAACUUUUAAGUCUAUUACUUGUACUUUGUGACAAAGGUUUUUGGAAUUGUUAGGUCAGCUAAGGUCCUAUUGAAGCUGCUUAACGUUUUGGUCGUUCCUUUGAUUCAAGUUUUGUAAAGUCAGCCAAACAAUACGAAAUCAAAUGCACAGCCCAAUAUGCGAAUAAUGAAGUAAAAAGUUGAGAGAUCUUUUCCCCUCAAAAUGCACUCAGUUCUCAGUUGGAUCCUGUCUAUAGAUAGAUGUUUACACAUUCCAAAUCAUAGGUCCUUACAACCUUGCAUUGUCUUGUUCAGUGCAUGCCUUGCUCCGGAUUUUUUAUCUGGUUUUGACACAUCGACGCAGCUGGGGUUUUCAAAAACACACAGUUUAUUUUCUGAACGCAAGUCAACUCGCAAGCUUUAUGAAAUGUUAAUAUUGCUUAAGGGUAAAAAUCCGAUCAGACAAAAUACUAAUUAAACCUGUCAAACUGUGAUAAGUUAGUUACUAGUGUUGAUGAUUGUUGUUCUAUGGCAACUAUCGUUUUAUAUGUAAUCGUAAUAACCCAGCCUGUCGAGGAGUCACAGCGCCGUUACUAACUAACAAAGCCUUCAAGAAACACUGCCUUAAAUGAGCAUUCAAGGAAAUCAUAGCACAUCAGUGCCAUUAUCUUAUUUUGCGAAACUGUUUGUGGUUGCCAUGGGAAACAAGUAAACAAAUAAAUGCUUAAUCCUUGCAGCACCUCCCUCAUUGCUUUUGUAACAAUAACACAACCCGAUUUUCAUUGUACAUUUUAGCUUUUAUCUGACUCCUUUCUUUUACUUUCCAAAUGCGCUUAUAAUGAGUGAUUUUGAUUCGAUUAUUGACCAUUUAAAUAUCAUUAGUCAAUUUCUGGACAGAAGAUUGCUUUGCCAUGGAUUUAGACCUUUGCCAGAUUCGUCCAACGAAUUAGAAGAAUACUUAACAUCAACAUUUAAAUACUGAUUUUUCAAAUUAAAGAUCAUAAGCAAACCAAACAGUUAAUCCACUGAAAUCAUUACCUUUUCCAUCCUCUUUGUAAAAGUGAGUCAUUUUUGUCUAAAAAGGUUAUUGUUUGUUUGAGAUUGAUUUCGCUGUUUGUCAGAGCGUCGUUAUGUAAUAAUUUGAAUUACCGUCGAUUAAUUCGUAGACAAGCCAAUAACAAGCUAAUAACUUAAAUUAACUUCUCGUUAUUCAUAAAAUUGAUAAAGAUUGUAAAAAUUCAAUCAAUACGGACACUAAGAGAUGAAUCGAAACCCAUAUGGUAUCUACUUAUUUUUUUUCAAGUAAUUAACUCAUUCUUGACAUGGGGUGUCUGUCCAUUUGAACAAUAACGUCUGUAGCCGCUUUGGAUAACUUAGCCCGUCCACAGGCUAACGAGUUAUCAGCACGUAUUGUCACCUUUAUAUAUUGCAAGAAAAACGUCUGAAUGGAUGAGCCGCAAGGCUAGCACAGCAGCGUUUUGAAAAAUCCAGCAAAAAGUAUAUAAUCUUAAUUUGUGCUUAAAGUCCUAUAAUAGAAGUGUUUCAAUUUUAUCAACAGAACCCGUGCUCUGGUACAUUUCUCCAACCCGUGGGAGCCUCUCUGGGGGCACAAAGGUGUAUGUUUUUGGAAGAGGUAAGUGAAAAAUAUUUUAUUCCUCGUUUCUUGAUCUCUUACAGUGCGACUUAGCUAGCAGUAAGGGAAGUGUAGUUACGAUGAUUUGCAAGAAGAGACAAGUUCAACAAUGGAAAAUUACGAGUUGAACCACAUCUUUUCUGAUGGGUCAGUUAGUUUUCUUACACGGACAGACGGUUCCUAAGAGUUUGCAGGGUAUACGUGAGUUUAUAGCUUAGCUGAGUGAGUUUUAAGCUUAGUUAUAGCUUCCUAAAAAGUACAAAUUCGCGGCUUAAAAAAGCAAGGUUACUGACCAUAAACAUUACUGAAAUUUGUUUUCUUUUUCCCCUUAGAUUUUGCAAAUGAUCAGUUUAGCUUUCAAAACCCUACGUUAGGAAACAAAAUAACAUUUUGUUCGAGCAAGCAUUGUGUAGAUUGUGAUAUCAUACAAACGGACGUAUCAAAGGCGAAAGUAGGAUGCGAAAUAAGGUAAGUAAAUUGAAAGAAAAUGGCGGGGCGAAUAUUAGACAACUGCUUCGAGGUAGUUUCCUUGGGAAAAUCCAAAACGGAUUCUUUGAUUUAACAACAGAUUUUGCUUUUUUCUGCUAUAAUCCAAAAAGUCGAUUUUGAGUCUAAAUAAUUCACAUUCCGAAUGAAUUCUUGAGAUCAAAUCUAAAUUCGAUAUUUAAGACGAUCUGUGCGUUUUGGGGAGCGCGGAUCGAAAAUGAGGAACACAUGCAUGGUAAGCGAUUUCUUGUAAAAAUAUUUGGCCCACCACAAUCUCAGAAGUUAGCUCCAAGAUUGCUAGCACGCUCAAGAAUUCAUGGUCCGGAAUUGUCGUUUCUUUCGUCGCAACGAAAUCCAAAGAAUGUGACAUCAAUAAUCUGUAAUCUUGGAUUCUCAAAAAGAGUUUUGUCCUUAUUUUGGAUCCGCUUUUCAGAUGCAAAGGUUGAGGACAUUCCUGUAUUUGUGUGACUGUAGACUAACUCAUAUAAGCUCCCCACCUCCUCCCCGCUUAGUUGUUGGUCAAUUUAUAUGUAAGCAAGAAAACAUACCUCCCAUUGCAUAGCACUGCUAAUAGCUUGUUCCGAGGCGCUUUUUCUAUUCCGUUUAUAAAUAUAAGCUCCCCUGCAUAUAAGCCCCUCUAUAAGCCUUCUUAAAACCCCUUAGGAUGAUAUAUAAGCCCACGGCUUAUAAGACUUUCUAACGUUCCUUCAUUUUUUUUUCCCCUGGUUAUUUCUGCCUUUUUAAAGACCUGGCGACUUUGUCGCUCGCUUGCAAGGUCGCUGCGCAACCUCUUUGAAGCUCGCUUCGCUCGCUUUUUUCGCUCGUUUCGCUUGCUGCGAAUUUAAGAGAACUUACGAGAGGUCGAUUUGUAUCAAGUCUACGGACUCAUAAGCGGCAAUUUAUGGUAUCAUUUCUAACAUAUUACUCACAGGCCUCCUCCAGAUGCCGAUGAAGGCGAGUAUAACCUCGUGAUGUCUGUAAACGGAAAAGAAGUUACAAAUAAAUGCCCAGGCAGACCAAAAAAUUGUAUCUUUAUGGUAAGAUAGUAUUAAAAAAAAGAGAGAGAAAAUAUUAAAGUAGAUUUAUCGUCUUACUGUUUUUAGCCUCUGCUUCGAGAGGCUCUGCAGUUCACAUAUUUCUAGUUAACUUCUUACUGCUGUACUCUCUCUCUCUCAUACGAGGAAACAGCUCUUCUCUUGUCAUAAAAACGCCCCUGGGUCUUGCUUCUCGAAAGUCCUGAUAAUUAGCUUGCCUGGAUAGCUGUUGUUUAGGAUGCAGGUUUUAGCAGUGUUACAGAUAAUAUAAUACAAAAUCAUCAGUUUGUUUUUUUUUUUUUUUCGCUAAUGACUGUUUCGUAAUAGAUAGAACCGCUUUUAUUCUUUAGGUUUUGAUUAUCAAAUUUGACUUUCGCGCCCGUAAAGCCGAGAGGUGAAACGGUGAAGUUUAAAACACAGACACCUGGCCUAAUUGAUCCAUUAAGAAAUUCAUUAUAAGGCCUCUGCGAUUAGUUCCUCUUCUAUGUUUAGCCAAGUGUAAGUGUCCAAAAAGGAAGAUGUACUGAUAUCAAAAUUCAGCAAGAAGAACUCACCACUAAACUUUGAGCGUGAACAUAAAUCAAGUAGCUCAUCACGGUGAAACGAAUAGACAGUUUUUUUGUUUAGUUGUCAGCACCUAUCAGCAUGGCAGCCUUAGACAUACCUUUGAUACAGCAACUUAUCUAAAUCUGAACAACUAUCAAAUUUUAACGGUUAAGGUGUUAUCAUCUUCUUUUGACGUAACGUACGUAUUGGUUACAAAUCAACUGAUUAUUUAAUACGUAGAAAUUUGUGUUUUGAGUACGCUCUUUUAAUAGACGUGUGUUUACUAUUUUCAAUUUUCAUUUUUAGUUUUACAGAUGGAGCACUCCAACAAUGGAGGAUUUUUCUCCACGAGCAGGUGUACCAGGUAGUAAUCACAGGCAUAUCCGCUAACCACACCCUACAACCUUAUCUCGCGUGCUAAUUGUAAUAAAAAAUUGGAAACGUCUUCAAAGAUAAUCGCGACAGGAUUAGUUCAAUCGGGAAAGUGCAAGUACGAUUGGAGGUGCCAGACCAGGCAUCCGGCAGGGUCUUAAAAUAACUGAGAAUGAAAGCACUGCACAGCAUUUGCCCUGCAUAAGGUUGUGACGGAAUCCAUCAGGAAAUCUUGACAGAGUAGUUUUAAUUUUCAUUGGACUAAAACCUUGUACCAGAAUAAUUUAAACGAUAUCGCAUUCUUUUUUACAUUUUUCAAAGGCUAUAUAGAUGUAAUAAGUUAUCUGUAAUAACGCCAAAGAAAGUUUCUUAUGAGAGCCCGAGAAUAGAAAUGUCAAAUUUCACAAAAUGAUAUCUUAGACAUGAAAUUUUCAGAAUUUUACUUGUGUUUUCACAAUUCUUACAUCUCUAGCCCUUCAAAGAUGUACAAAAGAAUGCGAUACCGUUUGAAUUAAUCUGGUACAAGGUUUUUGUCCACUGAAAAUUAAAAUUACUCAAUUUCCUGAUGGAUUCCGUCUUAAAACUUUUCGUGACUUGGAUGACUACAUAGGAAUUACGACGCUGUCCCCAGUUUAGGAGACGCAACAAAACGUCCUCAACGUACUUGGGUGCUAAAUACUUCCACGCAUAGAGGCGCAGAUGUUCUUACGCCGAUUAUCGCUAGAUCCAGUCUUCUGUUUCUUUUUCAAAAGCAUUUUCAUUGUUGAUUUUAUCUAGUCUUAGUAAAGCAUCACAAUUUUCACAAGUUGUUAAUCAAAAGAAAUUUUCAGGAAUUUGUUUUCUAAACGUUCAGAUCGGAAUUCAACUUUCGUUAUAACUUAUAACUUGAAAAGCAUGCGACAGCUGAACUGCAUGUAGUCAUUAGGUAGACAAGAGGAAACCGUCAAUGCCUGCUUGAACCCUAUAUAGAGGUCUUGCGCUCAUUGCGAUGAAGUACUCUCCUAAUGUAGAGCAUAUAUUGCGCUCAAAAUCUGAGAAUUUUUUUAACUUUGCCUUUCUGCACAGGAACACCAGUUGAAAUCUUUGGGAAAAUUCAUACAACUCAAUUCAGUAGGCUCUCCCCUGGUUUUUCGCCAGCUAGUAACGAGAUAACAAGGUAAGAGUGAUCUUGAUUACUUUUCUUGUUUCUCAAUUGUUUCUUUUAACAUUAACGAAACAUAUCUCGAAAAUGUCAAUGAUUAUUUUAACUAGCGAUUUGAUUUUUUCUAUAGUGGCCCAAGCAUUUAUAGUUGAAGUUAAAUGAAUCGUUUUUGUAAUCUCCUGCAGGGUUUAUGUUGGCCUCGAGUGUAAUCCCUUUAAUGAAGAAACCAACGAGCUGUAAGUAUUGUCAUGACGGUUUACUCUUUAGGCCAUUCACCUCCCAGCUUUCCGCAUUAGCCUCAAACCUCCAGACAAAGAAAAUAGUCAGAUAGUAAAAAUGUUUUGAAAAAGGGACAACUCAGUGUGGCAUACAUAGGAAAUGAACCUUAUCGAGCUUAUUUGAAAGGACAUCAUUGUCAGAGAAUACAGGUCAGGAGAUGUUUUAUAUUGAAUGCUUUCUUAGGACUUGAUAGAGAAAACGUAAAUCAUUUUAUUGAAAUGCGACAUUUAGUACCCGUUUACCUGUAUCGGUUUCGACGAAAGGAACAAUGAUGCAUUAGAUAACCAGACUUUCUUGCCCAUGGCCGGACUCUGCAAGUGCGCGUCUUCGUAAAUACCCUUGAAUGAUCGUCCGGCCACUGAACGUUGUUCUGUAUAAGACUCAGUUGUUGACAGUGACUGACGUUUCGACAACCCGUGCGGUAGUCAUCUUCAAAGUCAAAGAGAGUUUUACCACGUCAGUUGAUGUUAUAAAAAAAAACUCUGUUUAUUGACUUGAUUGGUCAAGUCGCGAUGUUAAUGGUCGUCUGUCAGUUAAGCCAUGAUGUUAUUGGCUAUGAUACAUUGAUCCAUCUAUUGUCCCGAUAGUCAAACUGUCGGUUCUCUAGUCACUCUCUUUUAUAUUGACAGGUUUGGAGCUAAUUUGCCUGAUGACUGCAGCUGGGUACCAAAUUGCCAGGGAUCAUUCAAAUGUCUCCCGAAAUCACGUACAGCAGGUAAGGAAAUGAUCCUCUUUCUUUCUAACUACAAUUGGACAAGAUCUGCACGAUACGGUACAGGACAUGUUACAUACAGCAUCAUUACCUUUGCUUAAAAUUUCUCCGAAGCAGUAAUUUGCCAACUCCACGGAAAUUUCAGGAUAAGAACAGAAUGAUAUUCUUAAUACUUACGAUAUAGUUUAUACUUUCAAAAGUAGUUGACAUCCUUCUUGUGGCAUUUUUGUGUAAUCUUGUGAUAUUUUUCAGUUAGUAAUUCGGCUAUUUCUUCCUCCGGGGUCAAUAAUUUAAUAAAACUAUUACCAGUGCCUAAUUUACGAAGUAGAUGGGCACACUUCUAAAUUCCAUUUUUAAAAAUGUUAUAAAAUUGGCCCCCAGAUAAGCAAGAUUUAACGUAUCGAGCCAGUGAUUUAGCGUCGGUUACGCUCUUUAGUCUGUUCAUCAGUGGCACGGAUUCAUUUCAUUUCUUUCUAUUUUUCUUUCCUUCUCAUUAAUAGCUUCCCAUACAGCUUCCUAUUUGGUCUCUGGACUUGGAAGAUCUCAAGUUGACAAGAACUUGUGGCGGGUUGAUAGGGAUCAGCAGCUCUAUAUUUACCAAACCCACUCAGGUGCCUAUACCUUGCAUAACAGACCUUUCCACGGUUUUUUCGACUUUUGACAUGGACAAGUGAUUGAAAAUCCGUCGACACGACUGAAAAGAGCCCCUUCAAAUUAGUCAACCUGCCAAGUUUUCGAUAGCCUGGGACCAGGUUCCGCGUUGGGGGACAGACGUUUGUAUGGUGACAGACGUUUGUAUGGUGGGGGGGGCAAAUUAUUGUGCCCCACCAUACAAACGUCCGUAAAUUUCGCGACUCUGACGAACUAUAUCUUCGCAAGUUUUCAACAAAUCUCUUCAAAACUUGGCAAUUUUACUUAUUUAAAAACUUUUUUUUUUUCAGGGGAGUCGAUGGAUUUUCCCUAACUUUCCAUUCAAAGGUUUAAAAAAAACCGUGGAAAGGUCUAUUCAGUGAUCUUACAGUUGCAUUGAAAGGGUACUUGACAGCCGUUAUUCAUGACUCCCAAAAUGACGGAGAUAGAUAAUCCAAAAAGCCUUUUUUUUUUCAACUAGGCGACUUUAAUUUUACGUUCUGUUUUAAGAUUUAAGUCCUACGUUUUUCCUGCCUUGGUGGAAAUUUAUAUUAUUGUACUGCAUCGAAUAUGUUCACGCGAAGUAAUUACACAGUAAACAGGCAUCCGAUCGUUUCGCCUACAAGUCAUCAUCUCGCUAAGGCCUGAGUCGCCGUUUCGCUUUACUGCGCUUUUCACAAAGAUGCGAACUUUAAAGUUCAAAAGCCGCCUUCACAAUUGCGUUUUUCGCUGCCGUCAAUCAUACUUACGAUCACAAGCAAUGAACCUUGAAACACAGAAACACACAGAACGGAUCGAAAUCCACCAAUCACAAAUCACAAACCAUGUCCUUUUGAACCCGUUAAAGUAAAGUUUUGUUUCCUAAGAGGUACGUUAAGAUGAUUGACGGCAGCGAAAAAUGCAAUCGUCAGUUGUCUUUUGAACUUCAGAAUUCGCAUGUUUGUGAAAAGCAGAGAAGUGAUUGUAUCAAAUAGACACUUCAGCGAGUACACGCGAUGAAAGGAGGUCGAAGCCUGGCAUGGGUAGAAUUUUCAGUCACUGUGUUUGGCAACCCAAGACCAUAGCUGGCGCUUUUAAGGUGGCUCGACACAAUAACUCUGUAGCGGCACCUUUCAUCUUUGAAUCUCACAGCGCAUACUUUAUGGGUGCUUGCCUUUCCCUAUGCGACGUUUCACAGAAAUCUGUAAGAGGAAUUUCGAGAUAUCCUGGAAUUGCUAAAAAAGGGUAUACAUUAUGCAUGAACGGAAGACUGGACUUUACGCAGACAAAUUUGUUACUUUUUGGAUAUUUCCGGAAAGGUUUUAUCGCUCAUUCGUUUUGCAAAUGACCCUUAUACACUCUACAAUCGGCUAAACGUAAGUAGACUUGGACGAUUUCGAAAAGCACGAAAUCGUGUGAGUCGGGGUAAGACGCAAUGCUGAGCUCUUUUUGUAAUUUCUAAGGCCACUUUCACGAAAACAGCAAUUACACCAAAAUUCCACGAUACAUUUCCCAUGCAUGCCCCAUUUUCUUUGUCCGCAUUGAAACGUUUUAGUGAAAUGAUAUAAAAGACGUUUGCGAACAAUACAGGAGAAAAUAGACUAAGAUAAAACGUACGACUAUAAAUCACUGCUUUUUCCUCACGUUUAGGGCCCACACAAUAAGUUAUCAACUUUUAUAAAAAGUGGUAUCUUUAGGCGGUUGCUUCAGUAGUGUUGGUGAUCGUAACAAGGCAUAGUGGGGUUCCUUUAACCUAACUUUCCUCAUUAACUUUUUUCUUAGAUAUUGAAAGUUUUUCGCCUUCAGCUGGAAGUAUUUAUGGCGGUACCUUGAUCACAAUACGCGGAGUGGGUUUUAGUGACAAUCCCGACAAUGUCAAGGUGUUUGUUGCAGGUAUGAUGGAAAAGAAAGCAACAGCUGUGAAAAAGGACCCUUGCCAAUUUUGAUCUUUUAAAUCAAUUUUAAAAUGAAUAAAUAGAAACAACGAUUUACAAGUUUUAUUUAAGGAUUUCGAGGUAGCACAUCCACUAAGUGGUUCCUUGUCGAAUUGGAAUUUGGAAAUGGUUUUUGAGGAGAGGUGGAAACCGGUGUACCCGGAGAAAAGCCUCUAGGAGCAAAGGAGAGAAACCAACAACAACUCAACCCACAUAAUUAUAACGCGUCGACUGCGAGAUUUUAACCCGAGCCACAUUGCACCGUAAUUUUUAGGGAGUUAUUAUAACUCCAAAAAUGGAGUAAAAAUUUUAGGUACAGGAUAACCCCUUUUUGGGGGUUACUUUAACUCUCAAUUUAACUCCGAAUUUGGGGUCAUUUUUACUCCUGAAAAAGAGUUCUUUUUACUCCCAGUCUGGAGUUAAAAUAACUCCGAAAUGGGGUUAUUUUUACUAAUCACAUGGGUUGUUUUUACCCUUUUUGGAGUUAAUUAAAUAACUCUGAAAGUGGAGUAAAAAUUUUACGUACAGGAUAGCUCCUCUUUGGGGGUUAUUUUAACUCCUCAAUAUCUGGGGUCACUUUUACUCCUGAAAAAGAGUUCUUUAAACUCCUUUUUGGAGUUAAAAUAACUCCCAAAAAAAUAACUCCACUGUGAGGAGUUAAAUUAGCCCCACUAGAGGAGUUAUUAUGACUCAUUAAAAAUUACUGUGUGGUGGGAGGCGAGUGCUCUCACCACUGCACAACACAAGGGGAUGAAAUGGUAAACAGACUUGCUAGUAGAUGUCAGUUUUUUAGAAAUCUUAAAAAAAAUGACUAGAUUUCCUCUUGUUUUGUGCUACGGUAGCAGAGCGCUUUGUUACAAAUGAUUUCCUCGCGCUGACUAUCGGGCUAAAAAGAGUGAUGCACUAUUGUCAAUUUUGGGACGAAAAAAAGGAGGUCUUAUUUUUACAAUUUGUUACAAAUGGUCACUUUUUUAAAGACUAAGGAAUAAUGUGGUUUGUUGACAUUAAUAGGUGUACAAUGCACAGUUAUAUCGUCUACAUACACAACGAUCAUAUGCCGAACUGGACCACGUGGUGAAGUCAAGACCAUAUAUCCAGGUACGUUACGUCUUACUUUAACGGUUGAAUAAUACGUUAAUUAUAAAAGUGUGUUGGUGUUCACACGUUGUAUUUUGGUGACGGGAAUAUCGGUAUAGGGCCUUGUUUAAAAAAGAAAAAUAAGCACUAUGAUACUUGCAAGAUGCAGAAGAACAAGCUGCUCGUUGAACGAAGACGAAAUCAACAAGGGACGGAAAAAAAAAACAACGAAACUACUGGCAGUGACGGAAUUUUCCCACACAACAACACAGAAUACAUCAUAGCCUUCAGCAACGAUUGUUUCGCGCUUCCAAAAAACGUCUUGGAGAACUUAUUAUGUUCGUUGGCUGCGUAGCAAGACAGAGGAUUUCUAAAGAAAAGGUCAUAUUUCACGACGAGUUAUUCUGAAGCCACAAUUUCUUGUUGUAUCAAAGCAGCACCUUUUUUGGCUUUUUGACGCAUUUUUUUAGCCUCUUUUCGAAGAGAUUGUAGUUUUACACAGCUCAACGAACGCCCUUGUGUCAGGCCUCCCUUCUCCGUCUUCCCUAAAUCCCCUCCCCCCCCCCCUUCCCCCUUCCACCUUCCACCUUCCAACAGACACACAGACACACAAACACCCUUAAGGCCUAGUACUCAGGCUAUACUUCGUACGAUUCUAAUUUACUUUUUGUUAACAAGGUUCUCGAGGUCUUCUUUGUGAAUACUGGCAGACUACUGUCGAACCAAAUCUCCCGGAUAUCGGUUCCUUGAAUCCUGGUAACGCUGACUAUUACGCAAUACUUUGCGCCGAGAGCAAAUCUUCGGACCUGAACAUCAACCGUACUUCGGGUUCCGCUUCAAAGAUGUCUGGUUUCUUCACAGUAAAGAGCAAUAACAACGGCACUUUCUACAUUAUCUCUUCCGGUGGUAAAAGUGAGUUGUACCUAAGUCACACCGGGGAGCCGUCUGGAAAGGUACUGAUCAUGAUGAAUCUACAGUAUAAUUUUAAUUAGUUUCAAGUCCCAAGAAAGGAUACCAUUACCCGGCUUUCUCUUUAGCUUGUAUUCAAAACCUUUCUCCAAUCACCCUCCUUUGAGGCAGCCUCAAGCUCUCCUCAUUACUUAAGUGCGAAAAAAGGGUUUCACAGGGAAACUUCAUACAAACGUUCCACAGUUGUGGAAUAUGAUUAGGUUCUCUUGCUUUAACGGCAACAAGUGUGGCUGUAUUAGGGUUAGGUAGAGAAUUGUAGGACUAUGGAAACCAAAGGAUUGUUGGGGUAAAAAGAUUCCCGGAAUAGGAUUGAAGACCUGUGCGAGAAAUCUCCCAUCAAGUAUUACUAUGAGAUGAAUCAUCUACAAUGCCCAUAUGUGUCACUUAUGAAAAUGUUUGGAAUCACAUGUUAAAUCAAUUCAGUUAGCAUACUUAAUGCACCCGGCCGUAGCCGUAGAACCUCCUUUAUGAAGACCAAAGAUCGCCAGUAUAAUAUGAGAAGAAUAAACAAGCACCGGUAAGGACAGGACUUCAUCGGCGAGUAUACAUAGUUAAUUAAUUCCACAACUUUGUUUACUUUUUUUUUGUAACAAUUUUUGUUACUUUGUAAAAAUUUUUCAGUCAAAGAUUGCAAGCUGUACAUCUUCAACAAAUAACUGGAACAGUGGCAGUGUUCAAGCGUCUGAGAGAAUCCCUUUAGAGGCAAACAAGCCUUAUUACCUUGAGGCAUACUCCGAUGCUGAUCAUCUGACUGUACGGGUUCGACUAGACCAGACUGAACACACCAACACAAAAGUUGGCGCAGGUGUAGACGAGAAGCAGCAGAUUACAAUAAGUUCAACGAUUGACUGGGAGAAACAGGUUCGUUUCCUGUGGCUCUUUAAGAUAAGCCUUCACAGUUGCAACAAGUUCAUUUCCGAGCUGUUAUCUGUUUUAAUAAGGACAAAGAAAAUGUAGCUGUAUCAGAAGCAAAAUAAGAAUGUCGACUGUCUUUACGGGUAUAGUUUAUAUUUACGACGGAUUUCUUUUUUUUCUUGUUAGUAUUAUAAAUUAGAACAAAAAAUGUUCCUUUUGUUGGCGUCCGUCACUUCUCCGUUUUUCGGUUAUUUAAAGCUACUUAAAGCUACAAAGAAGGGGGGAAAAGUAGAAGCAAGGAUUUGAGGUAAGAAUUAGAAUCGAUCUCAGGACUGACCUCUCGCACAGAAGGUCGUGCAAUAACCAACUGUGCCAAUCCUUUCUUUACAGGGGCACCCAAAGUCAAUUUUCGGAAAAUAUCUGUUCGGAAGACGAUUUGAGGUCUAUUAUUUUCGGAACAUUUGUUGUAAAAUUUCUUGCUUGCCGGCCUCUCCUAGGAUUUUCGAACAUCUAAAAAAUGGUGUAAUUGCCCAUUUUAACGGAUUUUUACCUUAAAAAGGUCAGCUAGAAUUUCGGGAGCCUUUUUUCUGGCUGAAAUUUCGAAAAGGUAAGUCUUGAUCCCUAUAAUUUUCGGAUCACUAGACUUUCAGCUAGGAAAUGCAAACAGAUGUAAAAUUUUUAGGGGAUAAAAAUAUGCCUAUAAUCUACCGUUUAAAUACUAAAGUAUGUUAAAAAAUCCUAUGUUUGAGUGGUUUUGAACUAUAUUCUCGUUGGGUGCCCCUGGCUUUACCAUCUGCACGUAGGGAGCAACAGAAUGGCCAAGUGCUGAAGAUUCAGUUUUUUUUCUCCACUAAAUUCUUAUGUAGCCUCCUUUGCACUUACAAGUUGAAAAACAUGUUGAAACCUUUGAUUUUCGUUCUAAAAUCAUCGAUGCGAUAAAGUGUUAUAGCCCCGAAGGUUCUUUCUAGGGUACUAUGUUGCUGUAGAAGGUAGGCUUCGGAGCGAGACUUGAGAUAAACAAUCAAAAAUAAAAGAAAAAAUAUAUAAAAUCGUUAGCGAUGUUCCACCUCUUCCGGUGAAAAAUAACGAAUUGACUGUGUCUUUAAACAGCAUGUCUUUUCAACAAUGUUUUCAUCAAACUGUUUAACUCGUUUGUGUUCUUUUUGUUUGUUUUUUCAGAUUUUGGACUUUAGUAACUGGGAUGAAAAUGAAGAAGCCUGCGAAGAACAGCAAAUAUCUAUAGAGACGCUGAAUUGUGUGGAGAACAAUAUCACUAACUGUUCUGACAAUUUUACUCUAUCUUAUUACGAUGCGGCAAUCACAAUGUCUCUACAAUACACAAACAGCACUGUUCUAGAAAAAAGACUUAACGAAAUGCAGGCGUUCCAGGGCAGAGUCACAAUUAACGUAACAUUGGCGAACACAACGGUAGGAAAUACUACAGUGUUUCGAGUGUUGUUCUGUUCCAGUGAUCCACGAGGAAUUGAUGCCCUGAACGGAACAGUUGCUGACAGCCAAGCCUUAAUGUUGAAUAUGACUGUCUCGGUUCAAGGGCAAUCGGCAAAGGACUUCCAGUUGGUUUUUGACCAACCUGACCUACCCUCCAAUGCUUUAACGCCCAGUUCAUCAAAACAAAGCAUAGAGCAGGUACUGGAGGAUUGGUUUUCCAGAAAAUGCGACUCUUCACCAAAAAGUAAGUGAAAUAUUACAGAGUUGCAAUUUUAUCUCCGUAAAAGCCUGGUAAGCCUGUGGUUGGUUGAACCAGACUUUCACCCUGGUUAACGCUAGUUUAAUCAGGCUUUUGGCGCUGGGGACUAUUCGCUUAAGAAGAAAUGGGAAUCGGCGCAAUUUAAUUUUUUCAAUCAAUAGGUCUGUACACAUCAUUUAUGGUACAGUUAAUUGUGCGCAAUAUUGUGUUAAAAAUUGUUUUUACCAUUUUUUUAAUCUUAUCUAGCGGGAUACUGGUUUUAUCAAAAAUACGAGGGCGAAGUCAUCGGUUCUGAAUCCGGACGGAGAACUUGCGACAUUGAGCCAUACUGUGGGAGAAAAUCUUUACUGAACCCAGACAAGAUUAUUUGGCGAGCUGGGUACUCUUAUACAGAACACUUUCGAGAAGAACCUCAGACAUCUUACAAGAUCUCAACGUACAAAUAUGUAAGUAAGAAAAGAAAUCGACUUUUCCUGGCUUCUGGUAAACCAUGACAGCAUUUCGGGCGUCGAUUACGCCAUUGGGAACUAAAAAGAAAAGAUUCAGACUGGAAUGUCGUUGAAUAGUGAAUAACUUGGGAAACCAGAUGAAAUGACGUUCUUGAAAUUAUUUGCGUGAAUUUCAGUGUUGUUUAACAUUAGUCAGGGGCACCCAACGGCAAUUUUCGGGAAAAUACCUGUUCGGAAGACGAUUUGAGAUCUAGAAUUUUCGAAGCAUUUGUUGUAAAAUUUCUUGCUUGCCUGCCUCUCCUAGGUUUUUCGAAGAUCUACAAAAUGGUAUAAUUACCAUUUUUAACGGAUUUUGACCCUAAAAAAGGCCAUCUAGAAUUUUCGGGAGCUUUUUCCUGGCUGAAAUUUUCGAGAAGGUAAGUUUUUAUCCCUAUAAUUUUAGAAUCACUAGACUUUCAGCUAGGAAAUCCGAACAGAUGAAAAGUUUUUAGGGGAUAAAAAUAUGCCUAUAUCUACCGUUUGAAUACUAAAAUACGUGUUUUGAACUAUAUCCUCGUUGGGUGCCCCUGAUUAGUUGGCCUUGGCAUGAGUUUCCUGCAUCAAAGGUUUGAAAAAGCAAUCGAUAAAGUAAGAUCCAAAAGUGAAAGCACACAUUCAAGGCUUUUUUACUCACCCCUUCUGUUGCUGUUGAUUGGUUGAAUGUUAUUAUCUUUAUUCUCUUUCUUCCAGUUCUGUUUUGCUUACAGAGGACCUGUAAAAGAUCAGGUGAAAUUUCAAGUUAAUUACGGCGGUGAAUACAAUCCGCAGUACAGAUACCACACACUAAGUUUCCAAAGAUUCGUCCCAAGGUCAGAAUGGGGAUUUUCGUGUAUAAAUGUGUGGGAAUAUAUAGAGACAGAAUACGACGAAAUUGCCCCUAAUGUAUUGAUGAGAAGCAUUGAAAUUGUACGCUUGGAAAACGCGGAAGGAGAUCGUGAUAUUUAUAUUGAUGAAGUAUGGAUUGGAAAGACACCUUUAGUUGGUGAGUUCGUUCGAUAGAUUUAUAUGAUGUACAUUUUUAUAAAAAGAGAAUUAUUUUUAACUACAGAGUAUCAUACUUGUUUUUUCGUAUCUUUGACAUAGCCUCUCACAAAAUUCCUAUAAGUAGUAGACCACUGAUGCUUAUAGACUACCUUUGCAGUCUAUAUACAUAAAAUAUUAAGGCUACCUUCCCGGCACCGGACGAAUUCUCUGCCGGCUGAAAAAUUUGAACGGCCGUUUCGUUCACACGGAAACGUUCUAUAUUUUCGCUCUGUUCAAACGGACUUUCGUAGGGUACGUCUUAAUUUUCCUACUGUUAAGGUGAUUCAGUGUGCACCGAACGCCUAAACGCACGAAUUUUCAAGCGGAUGAAAAUUCGUCCGAUGCCGUGUAAACGUAGCCUAGGACAGGGCAAUAGAUCAACGAAUAAAUCAGUCGGAAGGUAUAUUGUAUCCCAGGCUUUAUAUUAAGGAGACUGGUUUGGUGGCAACAGGUAAAAAGAUCAAUUAAAUGCGCUCACAAAAGAAGCAUUUCGUGCGAGGUUUUCGGACAACGCUCUCAGGGUAUUACCCAAUCAAGACGUUACAUCUCCCCUUAUGGAAGGUUAAACACGGCGCAGAAAAUAAUUCAGUUUAUAGCAAAGCAAAAGUAAAGCGCUCGCUCUGAUUGGUCAGUUAGCCAUCCACCAUUUGCCCGUGGGUGCACGCCCAAAACACGAGCUAGCGUGGUUUAAAAAUCGAGACAAAUUCAGCAAAUCUCCUCUCCUGUCAGUAAAAUGCACCGAUAAAAUGUGCAAAUGAGAAGUGGAAUUUGAAGAAAAUACUCAGUUGUCGUUUUGAAGAAAAAAAAGUCAAAAGAACUAGGGACAAAUUUGCCCCGGAGAAAUUUAUCACUGUUUACUUCGCGGCUAGGAUCAGCAGAAGAAAAACCGAAUGAACGAAGAUUUAAAGUACAUUUUGUGUAUUUUUAUAGAAGAGAAAGUCUGUUUUGAAAUGGAAAUUUAUCAAUUAGCAUUGUGUUAUCGCCUUUUUAGUCGAACUGAUGUUAAAUUCAAUCAAGUUUUUUAGGAAACAUGCUCAGAUUCGAGACAGCUUUGUUGUGUAGUUUCCAUAUCAUCGAUUAAAAAUUUUAGUUGAGUUACGGACACAUUACGCUGGAAUUGCAAAAUGAAUUUCAUUUGAGUACAGAAACAAUUGGGUCUUCAAACCAAUAUAUUUUUUUUAUAGUUUCAGCUAUAGUUUUCCCUCAAAGAAUUUACUCUGACUAAUAUUAAGAGCAAGUUCAAAGGUGCCAUUCAGAAUAACAACAAAAAACGUUUUCCAAUUUACCUUAAGACGGAGAACGGUUGCGGUGUUUCAGCGAAAAAGGAAUUUAAAGGCAAGUGUUUUAAAGGCAUGAUUGCUUACGCGCGGGCAGAUGACAGCAUACAUCAACUCGUCUAGUGUACCGAUGACUCAACCGAAGGCAAAUGGAAAUGCUUUCUCUAGCUUUUGAUUAUUCUUUCGUGUUUAGCAACCUCCAGCGAGCAUCCAUAACUCGAUGGUUGCACGCUAGCACUUUUACCAUUUCUUAAUUGGCUUUCAUUCAUAUCUGCAUCUAAAUGCAUAAUAAGCCUCAAUAGAAAUCCCAGCCUGAGUUUCCGUUGACAACCACUAAGGCAUGAUUUACUUAGAAAUGCUGUUUGAGUUAAAGUGACACCUUUUUUUACAGUGAUGCGAAAAACAAGUGGUGCCAUGCCCAAUGGUUUUGUCAUCAAAGAUUUCCAGGUCGAACAAACUGGUAACAACUGGACCAUCUCUCUCCUCCCUGCAAAGUGUGGCUCCCCUCUUCCACUGCUUGCUGUUGUAGAUGCUCUCGAAGGAAACAGCAGCAAGGACAAAGCGACGUAUACUGUAAAAGGACUUACCUCAAAUGUUCAAAUCACACGUAUACAGAAAGCUUCUCCUCGAGUCCGAGGAACCUUUGAAAUUGAAUAUAACGGAAAAGUAUUGAGAGGUGGGUGAAACUGAUGAGAGAACAUUGACUUUUCCUAGUCCUAAAUUUUGAACUAGUUUCCUAGUUGACGUAAAUCAAAUUAAGUUAAUUUGAUCGAGUUUACUAAGUUUAGUUUACUUUAAUUUAUUGUUUCUUUUCCUCCUUACUCUGCCGCUCUAUUCUACCCUCCUUACCUCUGCUCUUCUCUACUCUUCUCUACUCUCCUCUACUAUGCUUUAAUUUACUUGACUUAACUUAAAUUGAAUUGACUUUACUGUACUCUUUCUCUUUCUGUAACCGAUUUAGACGUUCCUGCUAACAUAUCCGAAGCGCGGCUAAAAGACCUCUUUGAGGAAGAAUUCGAGGAAGGAAUUAUGGCGGUGGAGAGAGACGGCACUUGUGCAGGGUUCAAUUGGAAAGUUUCAUGGCUGACGCGUGGGGGUAACCAUCCUCAAAUGCAGGUCAGAGGCGAUGGAUUGACUGGUAGCCAGGUGUCCAUAGAGGCUAAUACUAUUGAAGAUGGUGGGUUAUUCCUAGAUCCGCUCUCUGGAGAAUACCUGCAAACUCCUAGUGUUUCAGGAGAGGUGAGGAGCAUGUAGGCAAUCUGUAAAUGAAUCACUAUUUUUAGAUGUAGCAAGGUCCAUUCACGUCUCGAUCUCCAUUAAGUACCGCCAGCCGCCACCCCCUCUCUCCGUGAUUACCUAAGGAAUUUAGGCAAAGUUUAUGAUGAAACACGUCUACAAAUUUUGCAACGCUAUUUACGUCUGGUUCUCCGUUACAUUACGUCAGCCGCCAGCCCCCUCCCCCUCUGCCUUGCGCGAUUACCUAAAAAAUUUAGACAAUCUUUACAAUGAAUCGCGUCUGUAAGUUUUUCAAGGUUCAUUUGCGUGUUUCUCCGUUAGAUAAGGAGAGCGCUACCCCCUCCCUUCCUCUGCCCACCCCUGAAUACUAAUAGCAUUUAGACAAUCUUAACGAUGAAUCUAUGAGUCGUCUAUAGGCGGAUCUUUGUGUACAUUUUUGCAUAAUUGACAUAUGCGUAUCAUCAUCUGGUGGAGCUAAUAAAAGAAUCUAAGAAUAUUGAAAGAGCGUAGCAAUUUCAGUUAUCUUUGAAAAUUUGAGCCUGAUUUUUGUUAUUAUUAUUAUUAUUAUUAUUAUUAUUAUUAUUAUUAUUAUUAUUAGUGUUAUUUUUUUGGUUUUUUUAUUUUUUUUUAUUUUUUUUUAGGUGGUGGUAGAGGUGAAUGGUAUCACUGGAUCAUGUAACAAUAUGAAUUGUUCUUUUAACUAUACAAAUGAGCAAACACCCCAGCUGACAUCUGUAUCACCGUCCUCUGGUCCAGGUGGCCCCCCUGGGACGGGAACAGUUAUCACCCUGGGUGGGUCAGGAUUUUCCACAAUCAAUGAAGAAAAUGUGGUCACUAUUGGUGGAUCUGAGUGCGUCAUACAAACAAGUGCUGUUGACAGCAUCACAUGUCGAGCAGGUAAAUGCUGUUUUUAUGGUCAACAAUUAAUUUAAAAGCCCCCUGCUUAACCUAGCAAGCGCCUAUAGUAGGGACAUUUCUUGUUCUCGGACGAAGAAGCUAUGGUAGUUUAUGAUGCUUCGGAAAAUUGAUAUAUUAUUUACAAUAACAACAAUGAGCUUCUGCACACAAAAGGGCUUUUAAUUCGAAGGGAAAUAAGACAAGUCCUCAGCCUGGAGUCUCGACUUUCGCAUCUUGUAUAAAAUGCAAACGCAUACUACACACAUGCCUAAUUAUACGACGCGCAAUGCUGGAAUGCCAAUGAUACAGGCAACAUUCACAUGAAAACCAUUCCAUGCCCAGAAAUAAGAAGCGAAAUAGCCGUGAACCAUUCAUACGAGCUGUUUGCUUCUUAUGUUAAACCCGAGAUCUGUAUAAAAGUACAGUUCAUCUUAUUCAGUUUCCCCGUAUAAAUGGCCCUAGUAUGACUUAACUGCGGCCUUGUAUACAAAAUGCUCUUUCUAUUAAUCAGAUACAAUGAAAGAUUUUCCUAUUGUUUGUUUGUUUGCCUGGUAGACUAUGGCCCUGGCGGAAGUCACGAGGUGAAGAUCUCCGUGGAAAGAAAAGGGGUGGCUGGCAACGAUCAAAGGCUCAAUUUCACAUACAUCAUCACUGCAACGUCAGUCACUCCAUCCAGCGGAAGCACAGCUGGUGGUCAAGAAAUUACCAUAUAUGGCAGUGGUUUUGGUGAUAAGAAAGACAGCGCCACAGUUUCCCUGGACGGCUCUGCUUGUGAAAUCAUAAGCAUCAAUAUGUCUCAUAUCACGUGCACGACAGGUGCACACGCUGCCGGAAGUGUGUCAGUAAACAUCUCAGUCGACGGUAGUUCAACUUCUGUUUCCAGUGCCUUUAAUUAUGACUCAUCAUUGAAUAUUCAAGUGACUAGUGUGACUCCACUGCAAGGAGGAGUCCGUGGUGGCGAUAUAAUAGCUAUUUCCGGUUCCGGGUUUCUGAACACGACUGUUGUCAAGGUGGGAGACGGAACCUGCGUGAUACAAAGCUUUUCGUCUAGUCAAAUCACGUGCUUAACCCCACGACAUGCUCCCGGUAUAUUCCCCGUUAAAGUGGUGACGCCAGGAAAAGGUUUUGCUGUAACUCCAGAGGAAUUCAAAGAGUUCGAGUAUGUUUUUGUGGUACAAUCCAUAUUUCCCCGGAACGGAUCAGUCGCAGGUGGAACCCAUGUAUUUUUCCAGGGACGAGGCUUCAUAUGUGAUAAUUCAAGCACUGUCGUCGAAAUACACGGCAAACCAUGCAAAAUAUUAUCUUGCAAUGCUUCAUCUCUAAAAUGUGAAACAGCGCCUGUGUUCAAAACAAUUGUGGUAGAGAACACUGGAAUUCAUCCAAGUAAGUUCCUGACAUGAGUGAACAGAGUUCAUCUGACGAAUUUAAGUUAGAAAUUGCAAAGGAUCCAUUUUAUCGUAUCGCUGCAGUUGUUUUCAAGAUAUAUGAUUUUGAGUUAAUCUCUAUCAUUUAAGCUUUUUCCACUUCCACCAUUUCAAUUAUUUAGUUUUGUUGUUGUUUUUCCUCACAUACUAGUAUUACGAUGUUAACAGGGCCAACAUUGAUACCAGCUUAGUUACUUUGGUUGCUACCCAGUAGUUUAUUUAUCAUUAAAGUCAUUAUUUCAUUAAUAUUAACAUUACUGUUACUUUUAAUGCUAUUACAUUUAUUAUUAUCGGUUCACGCAUCUGAUGUUGUAAGAAUUUCAAUUGCUUUCGUUUGACAAUUGAUAUAAUUGUACGAUACACUUUGAUUCGUUUUGCCAGCUUUUGGAAAAGGAUAUGAAUGGUCACCGAAGCACGUGACCUGUUACCAAGGCGACACAGUUGAGGUAAGGGGAAAAGAAAAGUAAUGCUUAAUCGAACACUUUGAUAGGCCACUUCGAAAAAAAUACCAUAUGGAUCUCUUAAGAACAGAUUUGGGUAGUGCGCAGAGUAUAAACAUAAAGCAUGUCAGGUGGCUUGAAGAACUUCACAAACACUAAUAUUUAUGUACUGUAUACGGAUUUGAACGAAAAUAAAUUCAAUCGUUUUUACCCUACAGAGUUCUCCAUGACUAUGCAAUGUUAGCAGGCUUUUAAUGGUGAUAAUGUAGCAUAGGAUUGAUGAUAUAAAUGCAUUGGUAUACCUUUGAAACCGAGACAAGUAUUCAAUGUAAUAAGUGAAAUAUAUAAAAUAACUGUUUACGCUUUUAGAUUCUUUCUUCAUUCCUAUUGUAUUUAUUUAUUUUUUCAGUGGAGGUGGUCUGGACAGGCUAACGCUGUUUUUAAUGUCUUUCAAACUACUGAUUCUUCUUCGGUUGAUUACGAUGGCUUUGGAUUUCGCAGUGACAGCAGCAGAACUGGAACUUUUAGACACAGGUUCACUGAAUAAUCAUUCUUGAAAUGACGUUUCUUAUACACUAUUGAAGACUUAUCGAGUUUUACAAUAUUUGGAUUUAUUGUCUAUGCAAACUUAAAGAAGAGUUGCUCCUCAUUUAUUUGUUAUCGUUAAGCAAUAAAAAACGCGUGUUUGUAUAACCUGAUAUAAACACGAGAGGAUGUUGGGAGAAUUCGAGACAGUUAUCAAACCGAGAAUAUGUUGAGGGCCUGCAUAACUAAUAAACAGAAGCAAAACUCUUUGUUCGUGGCACCGAUUGAAAGAGAACUUCUUACCAGUGGCUAAGUGUUGCCGGUAUGCAUAGUUUUUAUACCCGCAAUCACCACUUGUUUUGCAAAAAAGAUGUUAUGGAAAUACGUAUUAUACAUAUUUCGAUCAGUAGAGUACGUUGGGAGCUGCUAAAUCACCUCUCAUACAACACCAGGAAUAUAGAAUCAGUUGAGAGCAGUUGUAAAAAUAACAACGAGUAGCGAAUAAACCUUUUUUCUUCAAGCCGAUUUGCUGUUAUGUCUCAAACAAAUUGCACAUUGUUAAAGAAAUGUGAAGCAAAAGAUCUCUAAAAUUUGGGUAAAAUACAUUUAAGUUAGUCAGGUCUCUUGUUUUAACGUUAAGUCAAAGUGAGUUCAAGGAUUUGGAAACUAUAUAAUUUACCACUCUCUAAAUUUUGUCAGGUUUCGUGAGCCAGCAGUGUAUUACUAUUCCGGCAAUGGUAUUGUUCAAAUGAAGGGAGUGAUCAGGGUUCUUCCACAUGGAGCACAGACCGGUCCAAUCACCAUAAAAAUAGACGGUAAGGUACAUGCUUUACAAAUAUUCCCACCACCAGAAAUCAACCUUCUGGCUCAUUUUCUUUUAUGUUAGUAGCUUAGGGAUAUUAAACCUCGGCAUGGUGCAUUUUCGCAUUGUUGACAUCGUUACCAUGCAAAUGUCUGUUAUUAGAUUUUUACUAGUGUCACCAGAUUUCUGUGGUCUUUUUCUUAAAAUAUGCAAGCAGCACGUGCCUAGAAUUUCCCAUGAUGCUACUCUCUCUGGACCAUAUGUUUUCGUAAUGCCGGCUUUCUGUUAAAUGUUGUUGUGUUUUCGAUCCCUGCCGUGUUCCUUAUUCUCUGCCCUAACAAAAUCAACAUAAUCGAGGAUUUAUGUGUUAUAUAACCUUUUCUUUAGGUUACGAUGCACUUUACAAUCUGACGUCUAUCUCAAGUUCCUCCUCAAAUUGCGAUUCCGGGAGAGUUGAUGCUAUUUAUGGAUGCAAUACUUCCGCAGCUGAGGAACCAGACAUUUCACAAACCAGCUUUACCUAUACCUCAUGUAGCAUGCCUAAAGUGUCCUCCGUCUCUCCUGCUCAAGGUAUUAGCGACACGGUAAUAACAAUUCGUGGGAACGGCUUUAGUGAUGAAACGUGCCACAACAAAGUAAAUUUUGACUCGUAUGAUUGUCAAGUAAUCUUUUCCAAUGAGACAGUGAUCACCUGUCAGCUUAAUACUGUUGAUUCCCCACCCGCCGGUGAACCACUUGAUGUCUCAGUGAAAGUGAUUAACCGAGGCUUCGCAAUUGUUAGUAAAGCUGCUGGUAAAACCACUCACUUUAUGCUAAAACCCAGUAUAACUUCAGUGUCACCUAGCACUGGCUCACAAGCUGGUGGGACUCGAAUCACUAUAACGGGCAAUGGAUUUAGCGACAUCAGUGGCUUCAAUGUGGUGCGGAUUGGCAACACUAUUUGUGAGGUCAUCAGCUCGUCAUUCACCAGCAUUGUGUGCAACACGAAAGCUUCAACCAACGACCAGCGGCAACCCGUCAAUGUUACAGUUAAGGCAAGCACCAGUGAGUGCGUUGCUUCUGAAAUUUCGGAUUGUCAAUACACAUUUUCUGAUGCCAACACCCCUGCUGUUAGCACUUUUUCACCGAGCAGCAUCGUAAGUCCUCAACCAACGGAAUUGCUGUUUCAAGUGUCAGGCCUUCCUUCUCAAAUUUCUGAUGUUACGGUUAAGGUGGGCAAGGAAAUUUGUAACGUAACACUAGUGGAUGUUUCCUCACCGUUGCUUAAGUGUGAGAUUUCAGGAGCUGUGGCUGGAAAUCACAAAAUAACGAUUAACGUACUAGGCAAAGGAAACGCGCGGUUCGACACUGGUUUAUCAGAUACUCUUGUAGUUGAACCAAAGGUGACCUCGAUAUCACCAGAGGAAAGCAGCAUAAAUGGAGGAUUAACGGUGACCAUCAACGGAAAUGGAUUUGAUCCAUCUCCAAAUGAAACAACUGUUACCAUCGGAGGAGACGCUUGUAAGAUUAUGACAGUAACAUAUGGACAAAUAAAAUGCGUAACACCGCCGCAAGCAGCCACUGAUUCUGUUGCGUUACAAGUUACAGUCAGCUCGAAUGUUGGCAGUUCGUUUCCCGCAGCCACUAUAGCUUAUACUGCAGCAGCUACUCCUGUAGUUACGUCACUUUCACCCACAACGGGCAAAGGUGGAGACAUUUUGACGCUUUCUGGGAGCCGGUUGGAUCCAUUGCCUUCCAACGUGGAAGUAGAGGUUCUCAUAGGAGACGUGCCAUGCGCAGUAACAAGUUCAGCCCAAAGCAAUGUUGUUUGUACGUUGUCUUCACAUGCUGCAGGUUCAAAUAAUGUUGGCAUCUUGGUACCUGGCAGAGGGGAAGCAACAACAACAGGAAUUUCUUUUCAAUAUAGUUUGAAUAUAGCCACUGUGAAUCCCAGUCAAGGUGGAUUCGGGGGAGGAAGCCUCCUCAGAAUUCAGGGACAUGGCUUCGACAACAAUGCGGUGAUCACAAUUUGUGGUAACGAGUGCGCUGUUCGAUCAAGGGACUCUACGACAACAACUCAAAUAUCCUGCGAAGCACCAAUGCAUCCUAAUUACGCAACAGGAGUAAAUCAACCAUGCGACGUUGUAAUAACCUUGAACGGUGUUACCUCUACUUUGUCUAGAGGUUUUACUUACAGAACUGACAUGACUUCAGAAAUAACUUCUGUCACACCACCCAGAGGUGGGACGGGUGGAGGCACUAUACUCACCAUUAAGGGCAAUGGGUUUAGCAACACCCUGAAUGACAAUGUGGCUAGCAUAGAUGGUACCCCCUGUGAAAUAAUCUCGGCGAACUCCUCCUGUAUUGUGUGCGAAACUGGCAAUCACAGCAGAACAACUGAGACUAAAGUUCGAGUAGACGUAGGAGCAAACGGCAAGGCCCUGGAUGCUAACGGAUUUUACUUUUAUGUGGACGUUUGGUCUUCGCCAUACACCUGGGGAAAUGAUGAUCCGCCAAAAGAAGGUCAGUCUUGUGAAUUAGCGUUCUGGGUAUCAAUGUAGUAGAAAUUUAGAAAAAUAGAUCGCUAAAGGCAAAACUAAAACCGCGGUGUCAUAGUAAACUGGAUAAGCCAACGUUCAAGAGAUUUACCAUUUUUAAUGGUAGCUAUUUAGAUUUGAUUCAGUUGACAGAGUACCUUUCACGCCCCCACCUUCGCAGUACUAAAGCUGCAUCUACUUCAGGGACUAAUAAAAAAUUAUUCGUUUUCUUGAGGAAACAACUGCAAUCAAUCACUAGGUGAAAUUUAAAACCAUGGCAUCUUGUCUAACCUGUCUAGGACGCCAGAGCAUCCCAAAUCCUUCUCCUUUUAUUAAAGAUUUCAAGAUAAUAAUGAUCCUGACGGUGAUAAUGGCAGUGACCACUUUUACGCAUUACUCUAAACACAUAGAAAUGACAAAAGUUUACAAAGUUUGCUUUUAUUCUCCACAGGAGCAGUCGUGUACAUAAAGAAAGGCCAAACGAUUUUACUCGAUGUAGACACGCCUGUUCUUAAACUACUUCUCAUUCAGGGAGGAAAACUAAUAUUUGACAGGGACAAACCUUCCCUUCACUUGCAAGCAGAGAAUAUACUUAUUACGGAUAAAGGAACAUUUCAAGUGGGCACUGAGGACGAACCAUUUCCAGGAAACGCCACCAUUACCCUGCACGGUCAUGUUCGGUCCCCAGAGAUUCCAGUUUUUGGUACCAAGACACUUGCCCUCCGAGAAGGAACACUUGAUCUUCAUGGUAUGCACGUGCCAAUCACCUGGACACAUUUGAGUGCCACAGCCGAAGUUGGUGCCACUGAGCUACACCUGAUGAAAGAAGUCACAUGGAAACCUGGAGAUCAGAUUAUUCUAGCACCCACUGGAAAAUCCCAGCGCGAGUUCGAAGAACUUACCAUAAUAGCUGUUUCAAACGGGAAUAAAACACUGCAAAUUACUCCAGCAAUUCGCUACAAGCACAUCUCUAUUGUCCAGACUUUUAAUGGUAUUCACACCGUGGAAACGCGCGCGGAGGUUGGACUUCUCACGCGGAACGUGCGAGUGAGAGGCUCUGUUCAUGCCAUGUGGACCGAAACAAUCGAGGCUUGUCCAGACGAAUUCAGACCGGGGCAGUUUCAGACACAGACAUGCUUUCAAGGGAAGUUUGGCGAAGAGAUUGGAAGUGACGAGUUUGGUGUUCAAAUCAUGAUACACGCACCCGAGGAGAGCAAGGAUAUGGUUACAGCCAGGUUCAGUUACGUGGAGAUCUCGCACGCAGGACAGGCAUUCCGUCUCGGUCGUUAUCCAAUACAUUUCCAUCUCAGUGGUGACGUCAGGGGUUCUUAUGUCCGUGGCUGCGCGAUACAUCAUAGUUUCAACAGAGCAAUUACCAUGCAUGGCGUCCAUAACCUUGUUGUAAGACAUAACGUUGUGUUCUACGUUCGCGGAAACGCAUUAUUCAUGGAGGACGGCAUUGAAACAGGAAACGUAAUUGAAUAUAAUCUUGGAAUAUUCGUCAUAGCUUCGUCAUCGGCUUUAAAUGUUGAUAUAACCCCAGCUACGUAUUGGGUGACUAAUGCAAACAACACGGUCCGCCAUAACGCGGCCGCCGGAGGUAGCCACUUUGGGUUUUGGUAUCAGAUGUUUGAACAUCCGGAUGGCCCAUCCUUUACUCCUGACUAUUGUCCUAGAAAUGUUUUCAUGUACGAGUUUAUCAAUAACUCAGCACAUUCCUUUGGUCGAUAUGGAUUGUGGAUAUUCCCAACUUAUCAUCCUCUGCAAGGAGGCCGAUGCAAUUCAUGGAAAGCUGAGCCUGCCGUGUUUGGCAGUUUCAUCGCUUAUAACAAUAUGCGUGGUGCUGAGGCUGUCCAAGUAGGAGCAGUUCAGAUGCAUGACUUUAAAAUGCUGGAUAAUGAUAUCGCGGGGAUUGAGUACGUCUUCGCAGACCAAAAGGACACUCCCUGGGGAGGGCCCAGAAUUGUAAAUGCACUGAUCGUUGGCCACAGCCAAGCAAGUGAGGGACUAGAACUGAAGAUCAGAAGCAACACACAUUGUACGGAGUCUGGCAUUAGACUUCCAAAGUUUUCCAAACUUGUCGUUGAAAAUGUCACUUUCGUAAACUUUAACCGCUCAGGUUGCACCUGUUACACCACAUGUGCGCAGUGCUUGGAGUUUAAAAAGAAAGGCGGUUGGACCACACUUACCUCAAAAAACACUUUUGUGAACUCCCCGCGCCGAACUGCCUUACGGUGGAGCCACGAAGCGGUGAUAGUAGAUCUCGAUGGAAGUCUUACUGGUUAUGUGAAUGGCAGCAUAGUACCAAGUAAUGGAAAUCUCCCUCCUCAACAUUGUUCUUCUUCACCACCAGACAGCUUCGGUCCUCAUAACGGGAGUGUCUGCAAUUCAAACGUAAAAUUCAGGAGAUUUGCCUUUAACCGUGCUGGACCGUCCUCUCUGAAAGGAAAAAACGUUCUUUUCAGAAACCAGUAUGGAACGUCUGUGGCACCGUAUUGCAUAAAAUGCGCAACGCAUGAAGAGGGCUGGGUGGCGUUAUUGAUCGUUGGAGAAAACUACAACAUGACAUUUAUAGAUGCCUCCCAAAUCACGAACAUUACUUAUUCGGGAAAGUUUUAUGAAAUGAGUGAUCACGACCACAUUUGGAUAAAUCACCCCUUGACUCAAAGACCGGACAUGUUCACUACUACUGGAGUGUAUCAAAAUAUGACAGAGAUCGUGCCCUCUGCUAGUGCAAACCAUGGAAGUUGGAGCUUCAACAACGAAACAAAACUCUUUACAUACCUUGCGUCAGGGAAAAGUGGGACUCGUACACCCAACAACAAUAUUGAUCCAGUUUCAAUUCAACUUCUCGUGUAUAGGUGCUUCUACGAAAACUGUAUAACCCCUACUCCACCCCCUCCUCCAAAAGGCAGGCCGUCAAGUUUCCUGCGCUGGUCGAACGUUGACCAUUGGGAAGGAACGGAACCUAUGUAUGGGGGUUAUGGUCGCCGGCUUCCUAAAAACGGAAGCGACGUCAUGAUACUGAAAGACUGGUACAUGCUUGCCGAUAUACAGUUACCAUAUUUGAACAAGCUACUGAUUUUUGGGACUCUAGAGAUUGAAGACCUCCGUGGAGAGGAUAUGGUCAUAAAUGCGACAUUGGUAUUCGUCGCCGGAGGCCUUAUUGUGGGAUGGCCCGACAAGCCGUAUCUCUCGAAUUUAUUGAUAUCUCUACGAGGUGACGUAAACAGCGAAGAGUAUGAACCCACUGCUGGUCUCAAUGUAGGAAGCAAAGCUGUUGCUGUAUUUGGAUUCAUGUGGCUACAUGGCAAGCCAAAUUCGGUUUGCUGGACGCGAUUGGCUGCUACGGCUUCAGCUGGGGAUCGCUUUCUGACACUUGACGAGCCAGUGGACUGGGAUGUUGGUGACGAAAUUGUCAUCACAUCAACAACCGUGGAGCCUCGACAGACUGAAAAGUCUUUUAUCGAAGAUAUUUCCCGAGACAAGCGCAAUCUGACAUUGACCGCUCCUCUUCAGUACAGACAUAUUGCAGAAACACACACGGCUGGAAACUGGUCAUAUAGUUUGACAGGAGAGGUAGGACGACUCACAAGGAACAUUAUAAUAGAAGGCGCCGACAAUCCUGCAGGAUCCUUGACUGAACAGUCAUUUGGGUGUCGUAUUUUAGUAGCAGGUGAACAUGCUGGCACCAGGAUUGAGUAUGUGGAGAUCAGGCAUUGUGGACAGGAGGGCUGGAUCGAUGAUUUUGAUCCCAGGUUAGUUCACCUCUUUCUGUUUUAUUAUUAUUAUUAUUAUUAUUAUUAUUAUUAUUAUUAUUAUUACUAUUAUUAACUUAAGUGGGGGCACUGAUAAAAAAGGGAUUUUUAUGACGCGUUUUGACGUCACAUUGCUUCUAAACUAUUAAAAAUCAUUAAAACAUUGAAGAAAAGUUAAUGGCCAAAGUACAAAGUAGUUUGAGCUGUCGGACCCUUGAAUAAAUCAGAGACCUUCUAGAUACAUUAGAUAUACAAGUGGUGAAUAACAUGUUUCUUCAAGAGAAUAACCCCUGCAAUUGCUGAUGUUAUACAUCUGUUUCUUCUUUUUAUAAGUGCUUGUUUUUGUUAACCAACAAUAAGCACUUUUGUCGCUUUUUUAAUAUUCAUAUUUGCGCUUAAUUGUUUCAGAUUCUCGUUAGCUCUGGUUAACAUCGGUGACGUUAUUGGCAAUGACUCCUAUGUGCGCUGCAACGCAAUACAUGAUGGUUAUAACCCCGGAAUUGGCGUCUUCGGAACAAACAACUUAACACUGGAGGAUAAUAUUGUUCACCAUACUGUUGGCUCCUCUAUCCAGGUCACUGGGAAAUUUAACCGUGUGUUACGUAACUUGGCUGUAUACUCGAUUUCCAUCCACACAUACAAGGACAGAAGGGACCACUCGAAUGUGCACUGGCCAGGCGCCAUUGAAGUUCACAAAGCAGAAGAUGUAGUUUUGAUAAACAACACUAUAGCUGGAAGCGAACGCUUUGGAUAUAAGAUUGACGGAGUGAAAUGCGCACCUUUCUAUUCCCCCGAGGAUUCUUCCUCCUCGGGAAAUAUAGUUCACGGUGCAUGGCACGGAAUUCAUUUGCACUACAAAGAGGGAUUUCGAGAAUGCAGCAUGAUAGCAGGGUACUUGACAUGGAAAAAUCUUGACUACGGUGUCUUCAUAUAUCCCCAAAGCAGUGUCAUUGUAGACCACGUUAUAGCUGUCGACAACACUGUGGGUCUGCUUCCUAAUGUCUGGGGACCUCACGCGUUGACGCAUAAAACAGCUAACAAAUACUUUAUUUUAAGAAACAGCCUGAUUGUUGGCACCAGUCCAAACUAUGACUGCGCAGAUGACUUUGUUCCCUAUGCCAAGCAACCAUACGGCUCCGUAGGAGCUAAAAAGGCACCAGGAGGUAUGUCAUCUGCUCAAUUCUACGAUUUUGCUUGCUUUCCAUUGCUUCCUUGUAUGGCUAAAAAUCUAUCUCUGCUUUCUCAACCAUUUCAUCCCCUGUGCGAGUUAAGUUAAAUGGGUUGAAGAUUGAAACAGAAACCCAAUAAGACUUAUUCGCACCCGUUUUUUAAUUAUUAUAUUUUUUUUUUAAAAAAAAAGCCCUUUGUUCAAUCAUUUGGCAAGUCUUUUUUUUUUUAAUUUGAUUAAUGGCACUUUCCUUAGGACGCAUACAACUGUGUAAAAUAGCCACUUACUUCCCUUUAAGUAUUCUGAUUGCAGUUUUAUCAUUUUUGCGCAGUGAAAAUUGCUACUUUACCCAAACAGUUGCGAUGGGUGACUUUCCUUGUGCUCUAAACGCCAUCUGGCUUAACGUCAUCUCCUUUCAAUAAUCGUUAGGGCAAAGGCAACGCAUUCACAAUCAUCUUCGCAAUAGUCUUCAUAGAGUACUUGUUAGUUUCUGAUUUAUAUUCUGUAUUCCAGUUAACCUCAGCAUUGUUUUUAUCUCAAGUUUUCUUCUGCUCCUUACCAUUUGUACAUUUAGAUGGAUUACUUGUUUUUACAUGUGAAGUGAAUACAAUCUGGAGUGCGUAUUUUGUCUUUUGUAUAAACACUGCCCACCUAGACCAGCCUUUGCUAUUUGCGGGCAGCGAGGAAAUAAAAUUGUAAAUUUGGAUUAACCAAUAAAAAUGAAAUAAAAAGUUGUCACAUUUUCAUUUUUGCAGGUGGUAAAAUUGGCAUUACGAUGACAAACUUUGGCUCUGCACCAGCCAAUGGUCCAGUUAUGGCUUGGGAAAGUCCACUCACCUAUCCUGGGAUCAAUGGUUACACUCUUUACCGUGAGGUCACCUUUGCUGGGUUCGAGACCACAUGUAACAAGAGGCAUCGGGCAAUAAUGAGCAAUUCAUGGGCUGGAGAUAUAAUGCACCCAAUUGAUGUUAUGGGUAAGUUUAGUAGGAGGAAAAUACGACCCUUAAUGUAACAACAAUGUCCAGCUUAUUACCAAUUCUAAAUUAAAAUAUAAAUAACAAUUAUUCACCGAAGUGGAGGUGGAUAGUCGUAUAUUUACCGAGGUGCGAAGCAGCGAGGUAAAUAUCCACCAUUAGCCACCGAUACUAAGGUGAAUAAUUGUUUUAGUAUAUACUACAACAGUGAGAUAAUUGAGCACAAAAAUGAUGAUAUUUAACUCAUUGACUAUUGCCAACGAUUAUAAUUGUGGUGCGCAAUGACCGAACGGGCGCGGUCGUCGCUUUUUCUUGCCGACAAAUAAAACUUUUGAAGGCAUUUGUUUAGCUCUUUCGGGGAAAGUUCUUCAAAAGGAGUUCUGAAUUUGUUUUGUAUUUAAAACCAGUCUGUAAAAAAGAUUAUUAAAUUUAGUUUUAAGAUUAUUUAUGAACAAGUCAACUAAAUAAAGUAACGCAAGACUUAAGCUUAUUAAUGCAUUUGUAAACAAAAAACUUUUUCACCGGUUUCAUAGAUAAAUUCAAGUCAAAAAGACAAAGCUUUACCUGUUAAAACUUCCGAACCGAACUUCUUCACCUUCUUCGUGUAUUUCGGAAACAGCUUGCUUGAUUAUUUGUGAAAUUUCUUUGUUUGUUACGGCAGCAAACCGGGAAGGCAUUUUGCUCGCAUCGUGGCGAGUUUGGCGUCACUUGCUCGGAGGAACUGGAGGUGAAUCAGUGAAUAGUGCAGGAUAUUAACUGAUUGGGUAGCCAAUCAGAGCGCGCGAAAAACACUAUCCACUGUUUUAGUAUCUAAUUAAUAUGUAUAUCUUAGUGUAAGACCUUUGACUCCAUUUUCAAGGUGUGUCAGUAAUUUUUAAUGUUGGGUAAAAACAGCACCGGGACAACGCUCUAUUGGCAUACAGGGGUGGAAUAAGAUAACGUUAUAAUUAAUUACCUCUAACCAAUCGACCAACUGACCAAAAAGGCGGCACAACUACUUUUGCUCAUGAUUGUGACACCCCACUAUUCCAUCAUGUCCACCUGGUGAAGUAAGUCUCCGCCGAUUCCUUGAUCUAUUUUUUUUUAUCAACCAGAGUAACGCCUCAUUUCGUUUAAUCAUCCGAAUUGGAAUCAAAUGGUCGAAUUAUUUUCAAAGGAAAAGUGGGUAAUUUGAGUUGAAGUUUAGAAACACGUCAGUGUAUUUCCUUCCCUUUACUAUGAACCUAGCUGGGUUUUGCCACCCAGCAAUCUCUUUUCUGAAUGUUAUACUUCUUUUAGGUCUGCAUUACGACUCCGUGGACGAAGAAUCAAAGUUGUUGUAUGAGGAAGCGAACCUUGAUUUAGUUAAUCCAUCGGAUUGCGUGGACAUGGAUUGUGAUGGAAGAAGGCAGCUUCUCAUCCAGGACCUUGAUGGUUCCCUGGUUGGCUCUCCUGGAGAUGCAGUGAUAUCCAUGGCUGAAUUUGAGUGGGGUGGGGACGUGCGGUUUGGCCUGGGUACGUACGUUUAAAUGCCCUCGUUCUAGUGGUUCGUUCUCAAUAAAUGUUCACCUUCCACCCUAAUAAAGUUAAGAAUCGGUAGCUGGAGACUGAAUUUUCAAGUAUUUUAAUUUACCAAUUUAUUUUCAGAGAUUAAGUUGGUCUUUUACGCAAAAAGUGAAAUUUUAAGUAAAACAUUUGGGGCCAGUUUUAUAUUAACGUUUUUAAAUUCCGGAGGUUUUCUUCCCUAUGGUACAUACAUGGGUGCUUGUCGGGAGACCUAUCAGGGUUUAGCUUAAGCUUUUUUGACCCCUAAUAGAUAUCAUAAUAAUCAAAAUAGAAUUUAUAUUUUUUUUUCACGUGCAACCCCAAACGAGGUCUUGACGACUUAAAGUAUUGGCGUCAUAGCCAGAACACCCUAAGUAAGACCAAAAAUCCGAAUAUUUACAACUGUAAAAGAGACAACGAGCUUUCCCGUCUUCUUUAUAUAGACCCCCCCUCUCCCCCCCUCCAAUUCUCACGCUCCUUCACUUUGAGGUAAACCCUAUAAGAAAAAUUACUGCCGUUGCUAUAAUAACCUAACGCGUCAACAAUUGACCGUAACUUGUCCACUGGGAUAGCUGGUACUGGUAUAACUGAAAACAGUUUUUCACUGUUUCAAUCUGUUCUUCUUCCGGGAGCAAGGGUGAUGCAGUGGUGAGAGCACUCGCUUCCCACCAAUUUGGCCUGGGUUAAAAAUAUCCCUGCAUCGACGCCAUAUUAUGUGGCAUGAGUUUGUUGUUGGCUCUAUCCCUUGCUCCGAAAGGUUUUCUCCGGGUACUACAAUUUACUCCUCUGCUCAAAAACCAACACUUCCAAAUUCCAGUUGUAUCUGGAAAGCACGGACCCAUUUAACGAGUUUUCUAGAACUCUUAAGUGUUUCGAGAGUAAACAAUUUACAAUUUACAAUUUUGUUAAAUAUGAUGCAGGAGAUUAUCGAAUCCCCAAACCGGCCCUGACGGCUGUCGAUGGAGCGCGCCUGAACGUAUCAUUGGUUGCCGCUCAUAAGGGUAUCGUCCGUGGAACGCAGGAUCGUACCACGUGUUCGUGGCAUGCUCCCUGGAACGCCUACAAGUGUAAUGAUCUUCAUUUCCGGAUGCUGGUUAUUGAGAGUUUGGACGCGGAUACUGAAACAAGGCGACUCUCUCCUGUGGCCCUGAUUGCAAAUGGUAUGUAUUGAAAAUACAUUGGCUUAGUGUAAAUACAUGAGAACAAGCAAGGUAGAGCUUUUGACCCUUGAACGAAGGGAUAACUGGCGGUUGUGCAUAAUAAAUAGUUUUAAACUUAGGGACUGUGCAAUAAUUAUCAGGAAGGGGGGGUCCUAAAAUGAGCUUCACCAAAGGAAAAAUUAGAUAGGUCCCCCCCUCCAGCAGCGUCAAGAUUAGCUCUGACCCCCUCACGUUCUCCAAAAUUAUGAUGUGCCCCCCUAACCCGUACCUUUAUUCACUGUACUGCAACGCAUUCCAAUGCGUCGUCAGGGAUGAAGAGCACCUCGAAACUUUGUUCUUCAUAAUCGUCAAUUUCCGAAUCGUCUGAUUGUUCAUUAUCUUCUUGGUCUUUGGAACUGCUAGAUUGCUGCUCAUCCGGGUUUUCUUUACCUUGAGCUUCCCCAGCACCUAGAACACGAGCUACGAGUGCUGCUUUCCCUCCGCUGACGGGUAAACCGUGCUCCUUUAGGUAGAGUUUCAGUUUACUUGCAGACAGCGAGUUGACUUCAACCUCGUCGGACCAAUUAAUGUCUGGAAGUUUGUUCCUUUCCGUUGCCCGUUUUUUUGCUUUCAUUGCAAGGAAUUUUUGGUGCUCUAUGAAGUGAUGACAACUAUGAAACAGAAGCAUGUGGCAUUCCUCAGCUAGAAACUGUAGACCUAGAAACCCUCUCGCUGUUUAAAUCAAGAACAGUCCUGGCCUGUCUGCGGGACCUCUUAAAUGCCAAAUGUUUUAUUGGCAAAGCUCACAACGUGGUUUGUGACUUCUGUGCAUUGACGAUUGUUUCAAUCUAUCAUAUGUUGACAUUCUAAAUAAGUUAAAGCAUGUGUUUAUGUUGAUGCAAUAUUCAGACAUUAUGGAUAGUCAAAGGAGUGGCAUCUGUCUAUUUGGAAAAUGUUUAUUUAUUCAUUAUCGAAUUUGUGAAAUUUAAUUAAGACCCCCCCUCAACUUACUUGAGAAAUCUAAUGUAGAGCCCCCCCCUCCCUCCUUUCCAUUAUUUUAACUUAAGGCCCCCCCCCCUCCUUAUAAUUAUUGCACAGUCCCUUAAGUAAGAUAGGUAGUGGAUAUAAAUUCACCCUUUUUAUGUUAUUUAUAGCUGAAAUACUAUCCCGAAAUACUUUCAAAUAGUUAACGCUACAAAUAUAUACUAGGAUCUAAACCACUGUAAAUCCAUACUGUUUCGUUGAACUUGUAAAAUGAAACAAACUUAAAUAUCCAUUUUUAUAGCUUCAAUCCUUGAUAAUUCGAGUUAUUUUAAAUAACAUGAAUUGAUGAAUUCUGAAUUGGAAUUUUCAGACCCUCUUUCGAAUUCAGGGGGUUGAGUAAUUUUCCAAAAUCAUAUCCUGCAUAAGGACCUGACCGCAGAAAAAUUCUUGCAUUGAGUUAUUAACCUCAUAUUUAUACCUGAAACAAGAAAUAGAUAUCGAUCACGUUUGUGAGCGUGGUAAAAUAAUUCUUGUUUCAACAAAAUCACCCGGCAGCCACCCCGUCCAAUCCCCCCCCCCCCCAUGAUGACAGUUGAAAAGCUUAUAACUGUUGAUCAUCAUUACAUCAGGUUAUGUGAAUCUUCUGAAUGGGCCCCAAGAUCACGGCUGGUGUCUGGGUUACACGUGCCAAGAAAGAAUAUCCACGUUUUAUGGAAUAGUCGCCACUGGAACGAACUAUUCUGUGUAUUUCACUUCCAACGAGCCACAAAAAAUACGGUUGCACUUGCUGAAUAGCAACCCCGGGGAUGUCAUAAGAGUUGGACUGUUUUAUCAAAGGCCUCAAAGACAAGACGUAUACAAAGGAGGUACGUGUUUUGGUAUAACAUAAAUAUCUACAUUUCACUUCUUCAGGUAAAACCUCUUACAACAAGAAACCUCUUGUAUUACAGUUUGAUAAUUAAGCGAGUAAGAGUUGAAAUAAUUGAAGGUUAACGAAACAUGAGUGCGAAGUUAUCCUGUUCAAGGUUAGAAGAUAGAAGUGCAGAGGUUCAGUAAAAAAAAACGUGUAAAAAAGGUGCAUUUUUUCCCACCACCGCCCCUAUUUCCAGAUCGCGAAAGUCUUAUUUUCGCUUUUGCUUGUUGUAUUUUUAAGGCUGGUGCAAAAUUUUUUAAAUCAUCUGAAAUGACAAAGAAUAACUUAAUUGUAUUUAUUUAUGUAUGUGAUGAUUCGCCUUAACCUAUAUGAACAAACCUCAACAAGGGUUACUAAGAAAACGUUUUUAGUAACCUCACUACCUUUCGAUUAAGUAGAGAAUUUUACUUGUCUUUACGUAAAUAGUAAUUACGAAUAUUUACAAGCAGGAGUAUUCAUGAAUCCAACAAAUGGACAGCUUGGAGGAUCAGACUUCACCACAAUCCCACUGCCAGAGGGGGCGCCUGACGAUUACUUUGUGCCACAGCUGACCAGUUACAAUGGUGCUAAUUAUUUUGACCGUAAGCUCAGUACACUGUACGUCAUUUUGCGCGGCUCAACACCAGUUGAUAUACGAGUCAUGCCAGUGGUCCAGGUCAGUAGCUUUUCUUUGUUAACUUAGGAGUUUUGAUAUUUGCGAUUAUAAACAGACGAGUUUCACAGGGAAAACGGUAAUUUGUGGCAUCGGACUAUCAAACGACACAACUAGUGGGUCGCAGCGGCCAUUUUGAAAAUGAAAUGGGUCUUUUCACGGAGACGUUUCGCUAAAAGACAACCACUCCCGUGAAUGCUUCUAUUAUAUGAAAGGACUGAUCUAGCUGGAUCGAUAAUUCUGAUUGAUAGAACAGAUCUGUCGCCCCGUGUAAAGAAAUCCAAGACAGUCUUGAAUUGAUUCCACGUCAUGGAAUCCGGAUUCCAUGUACUGGAUUCUGGAUUCUUUGUCAGUGGAACUUGGAUUCGGAUUCCAACCGUUAGUGGGACUCAGGAUUCCUUGUGCUGUUAUUCCGGAUUCCAAAGCCCAGGAUUCCGGAUUCAUAGCAAAAACUUGCUGGACUCCGGAUUCCAAGACGAGAUCAGACCGGUCAGUUCUGACUAAUGGUAAGCGCUCUUAGUGUUCAGGUAGUUCCAGCGGGGAACAGAACUAAACGUUGCAGUCGCGUCCAUAGGAGAGAGGGUACUCACAGUAUGAAAAUGGCGAAAGUGUUCGUCGGAAAAAUUCCGACGCUUUGUGAAAAAAUUUGUCUGUAAGGCUCUUUUUAAACUUGUAAAGUGCGUGAGAAUAAUUUCACUUUAUUGAAAAUAUCUAUUCCAUAUUGACAAUCAUAGGUUCAGAUUGGUGCAAGAGCUGUUUCCAUUGAUGAAUUCUUCAAAGAGAACCUGCUAAAUAAUCUCGUUGCUUUGCUGGGUAUUGAUCCAUCUCGGGUCAGAAUUGUAGACAUUGUCAGCGAAUCCAGUUCACGAAGAAGGAGAAAGCGAUCUUCUGGCAAUGUCUUUCUGAUAAGAAUUGAGAUUGGCGAUCCUCCCCUGGCUUUGAACGGCUCUUCGUCUUCCUCAUCUAACUCGUCAGGAAACUAUACAGGUAUGAAAAUGAACUACCAAGCCACUGUAACUAAGUUGCCUCUGACAUUUCCAUCUUUUCUCAUCUCAUCUACAAAAUUCAUUAGCAAAUCGACGACAAUUUUCAGUCGUAUAUACUCUUAUAGAUCAUAGUAACUACCUCAAAAUGUUCAAAACUCAUGUAAACCACUAGCCGCUGGCGAGCGUGGUUUCACCUAAGAUGUCGCAUGUACUCUUAUUUCCUUUUGUGUCUGUUCUUGCCAAGGAGUUAACAGUACUACCUCUGUUGAGGAGUUAAGAAAGGUUGGCGAUGAUUUAGUGGAAAAAGUGCAGACUGGAGAACUCUCGCAGAAGGCAGACCUGGAUGUUGUAUCACUUUCCAUAUCCGACCCAAUCCCCGAACCAGUUGACCCAACCGGUGGUGUCCGGGCAACCAAUGAGACUGGUAAGAACGUCAUCCUUUCCAAAAUUCGCUACGCUUACAUGAACUAAUUUAGGCAAAGAGUUUUUCUAACAUUUGGAAGAGUAAGUGUUAUCUGGGCAUACUUCGAAGGCUGGAACAUGUAUCAGAUAUUAUAAGAGCCUCUUAAAUUGUCCUGGGAGCGACUCAUACACCUAAGCCUGACCAUGGUCAAAAGAGAGAAAAAUACCAAAGCAAAGCAAAAAGCCAAAGUCCUCAAAGUCAAAGUUGCCGUUUUCAGUAUGCAAAGUUAAAUUCCUCACCAAAACUUUUUUAAUUUAUUAUCCUUUCAUAAGGUUCAUUUAACAAAAUUCUUAAGAGUUUUAACUGAAACGCAGAAUUGUAGGUGGCCUUAUCAUCAUUAUUUUGGUAUGGUCACGACCAUUUUCGCGGAAAAUAUUUCUAAGGGGAACAGGUAGUUAAAAAUAACUAUACUAUAGGUUGAGUAUGUACUCGCUUGAUUGUAAAUGAAAUACCAGAAUUGGCUCGAAAAUGAAGAAGCCCCAGAAACUAGUUAAUGAAGCUUGUCUAUUCUAUGAUAGCGUAAAGUUCAUUUUCUCCUUUGUCAAUUUUCCCAUAUAGGUGGUCCGAAUAUAACAGAUAAUUCAACACUUCGUUAUGACCAGCUGCAAGCACAAGAAGAGGCGGAAGCCCCUAGUAAUGUAUUCAGCUUCCUCAUUCCUAACAGACUGGAGAUUGUAACUGAGCCGAAUGGAGGAAACGAGACGGUGCCAUUUACCAUCCAACCCAAGCUCAAACUCGUGGAUAUCGAUGGCACGUUAGUGACCGUUUUGGGUCAUGGUUCUCUAAGCAAUUGGACAGUAACAGCGAGCAUACUGAACGGUACUGGUGACUCGAUGGCAGUACUUGAGGGUAACGUCUCUGUGGAAAUAGUAGAAGGAUGGGCCAAUUUUACUGACUUAAGCAUUACCCAUAACGGCAGUGACUACAAACUGCUGUUUAACGUCAGUAAACCAGCGGCAUCUCACUUCAAUGCCACUUCGCUGGCGUUCGAAGUAAAAGAGAGGAUAAUGUACUUUACUGUCACUGUUCAGCCGGAUGACGCCAAUGAAACCGUUAGCUUUGGACAACAGCCCAGAAUUGAAGUUCGUGAUGCCGCCAAUGGAGACAUUGUGGACAAUACAGGAUGGAAAGGACGGCAAUGGCUCUUCAAAGCGUCGAUCGCUAAUCCAGAUGAUAAUGAAGGCCACCUUAAUGGAACAACAGAAGUGGAAUUCACUAAAGGUUUGUUUAUUGUUACAUUUUCUUUUUUUUUUCUGGCCAAAAGUAAAGCAAGCUCUUAGAAUCACUCAAAUUAAUAAAGUCUUUGUCUUGAUUGAAAGGCGUACUGGUCGUUUGGAAGCUACAAUAUCAAAUCAUUCACUCUUGCAGAACGUAGAGUCCUGUCCGAAUAUAAUCAGUGUUUUUAUGCACCACAAUUCCAAAAGAAAUAAAUGGAAUUAAUACUUGCUCCUUGUCUAAAGUGCAAUUGCACAAUAACUGGAUCGAGAAAAUCUGGCUAAAAUGUGCACUAUAGUGACGAUGUUUCACUCCAAAAAUUCUGGUGUUUUUCAUUGAACACAAUUUGUAUACGAAGUUAAAAAUUGAAAUAAAUCCUUGGAUAUAAUUUAACACAAUUUGUUAUCAUUAUUUCGAAGGUGUCGCCCAGUUCACCAAUCUGAGCGUGGACAUUUCCGGAGAAAACUAUAUCUUGGCAUUAGAGGCAAUUACUGUACCAUCUUCUCGGUACGUCUUUAAAGACAACUCCUCAGCAUUUAACGUUUCAGAGAGAUUGCUAUACCUCAAGAUUGCUCAACAACCAGACAACUGUAAUGAUACAGUUAUCUGUGGUACUCAGCCGAUAGUGGAGAUAAGAAAUGUCUUCCCCGACACAUUGGUCGAGAACAUUGGCUGGAGAGGAAGAACUUGGCAAAUCAACGCCAGUAUGGUCGGUGUUAGCAACUCUGUUUUAAACGGCACGGCCCUAGUGAACGUACCUACGGCAGGAAGAGUAGAGUUCCAAGACUUGAACUUCUAUGAUGUUGCCCAGGGGUAUCAAAUACAAUUCACCGUCAUAACUGAGCCCUCGUCUUCCUAUUCUGGGUUGUCAGUGACCUCGGAGACGUUCGACGUGAAUGCUCGGUUAUUCUACCUGGAAGUAAUUACACAACCCGCACAGGCCAACCAGUCAGAGGUAUUUGGUGUCGCCCCAGUUGUAGAAGUUCGGGAUUUGGGAACACGCAUGCGUGCACACCCUCUUAAAGGCGACUGGUCAAUCGCGGUUUCCCUCAAACCGACGGCUUUGAAUGGAACUUUAAGUGGAGUCUUAAAUGAGACAGUUACAGACGAGAGGGCGGAGUUCAGUAACUUGUCAAUUUCGUACUACGGUAUUGGAUAUGAGCUAGUCUUCGAGUCCAACUAUGGGCAUGAAGUGAGUGAUCCCUUACAUGCUGUGUAUCUGUUUAAUUAUUUCUCACUUUUAAAAUUUAAAAUCAGAAUAACAAUGAUAUUGAAAGGACUUAUAGCUUAUUACCAUGACUUCAGAUAAAAACGUUUACAGAGAUUAACAUGCAUUUUCCCACUAAAUACAUAUGCUUUGGUAUAAUUUCAUUCUUUUUUUUCCCUUUAAUUCUGGACAUGGUAAUAUAAAAUAAGGAGUUUUAAACGAAGGGAAAUAGGGAAAAAACUAACCUGAGAACACGCUCAAGAAAAAUGCGUUAUUAGGCAAUACAGUACACAUAUUAAUCGUAUGCGAUUAACAAAGCAUAAUCAAUUUUACCUUCUGCUUUUGUUACGUUUGUGAAAAUCUGAGAAACUGUGAAAAAAAAGUCCUAGAGAAACUUCCUUGCACAACGGGUUCAUUGACAACUACGGCAAUUUCAAUGUUUUGUUUAUUAACACCUUGCUCGUAAUUUUAACAGGUAUAUUCACAACCAUUUGAAGUCAGAUAUGUUAACGACUACUCGCCUGAAUUUGAUCCUUCGCAUGGUUUUUACAACGCCACUGUCUCUGAGGACAUUUCUAUUGGAUUUCCAGUCAUUACAGUCACGGCUUCAGAUCAAGACUCGGGCUCUCAAGGUGAUGUAUCAUACUCAAUUGUUGCCGGGAACACCGGAAACCAGUUUGCUGUCGAUGCACUUCUGGGUAAUAUAUCAACGAUUGGCGAACUGGACCGGGAAACAACUGCCGUAUUUACGCUAACCGUUCGUGCAUCCGACGGCGCGGUGCCAGAAAAAGUACGUUACACAGACAGCAAUGUAAAAGUUGUCAUUUCGGACGUAAAUGAUAACGCUCCUUCGUUUGAAACUUCAUCAAUUCUCGCCACUGUUCAAGAAGACGCCAACAUUCGAGACGUUGUUAUCACGCUUUUGGCUAACGACCCGGAUGCGGGUACAAACAGUGAGCUCCGUUAUUCGAUAACAAGCGGGAACGAGGCAGGCCUCUUUAAUUUGGACAGCAUCACAGGCGAGAUAAAGGUUAACGCCUCUAUUGAUUUAGAGCAAGAGUCCAGACCAGACUUCAAUCAUUCUCUGAACAUAUUUGUUGAAGACAUGGGGACUCCAAUGAAACUUAAUUCAAGUGUAGUGCUUAACAUUACCAUCACUGCUGUCAAUGAAUUCACUCCACAGCUAGCCCAUGAUUCGCUGUUCAACUUUAGUUUUCCUGAAAAUGCUGAUGUUAGUGAUGGAGUUUUUGUCUUCCAAGUGAACGCUACUGACCAGGAUUAUGGGGAGCAAGGAUCAGUGUCUUACUUGUUUGAUUCAGGUAUGAAUUAUUCUCCUGUAUGUUGAUCUUGUCUCUUUGGUGACCCGAGAUUUAAAAAGAGACUUGAGAUAGAAAAAAAGCGCCUAAUUUACUGUUAAUCAACAUAACUGACCACUUUAAUCACAAUAAUACAAAAGAAACUAUUGCAUUAAUGAACAAAUUUAGAAAGCGUUCGAGGAUUGACCCGAGUUUCCGAGUAUAUAAUGCCCAUAAAGAGGCUACCGUCGCGUUUUCCAAAGACUUAUUUGUUAAAUUUGUCCUGUUGACGAGGCUAUUCCCUCGAAAUAGCAACCAAGGUUCCAAGAUUUUGCCUAACGCCACGGUCCUUAGAUGUUCGAAACUUGAUAAGUAUUAAUCCUGGGUUCCUGGGUUAACUACAAACAUAACAUAAGUUGUCAGGGUAACUAACUAGCCCAGAUUUGCGCUAAACGUCUUUCUAACAACUCCCCCCAGUAGUUGAGAUCGUACUCCACGCUAUCCUGAGCUUUUCUAAUCUUUGAAAUCAACGGUAGUUCACAGGUAACCAGACUGUUUAUAAUACAUAUACAUGCACAUAUAUAUAUAUAUAUUGGUCUCGUAUUUGUUUUUAGCCCUUGGGUGGACGAAGUUCUAACAGCGCUCGAAACGUCAGCUUAUCUUAAUCCCUCAACGGUGCCAAGUCUACCUUAUCAAAUCAGUUGAUAAAACCAAAUCUUUGUCUGUGUUUCAGGUAAUGACGAAGGAAAGUUUACAAUAAAUUCGACGACAGGUGAACUGAAACUUAUGUCCGAGCUCGAUUACGAAAACACUUCAUCAUACACCUUGGUAAUCCAUGCGAGCGAUAGCGACAACCAAAACGCAGUCUUCACCGUACACGUAAACGUGUUAGAUAUGAACGACAACACUCCCACUUUCUCAGAAUCUCAAUACGACGUAAAUGUUGGCGAAGACACAGCCAUUGGUUCAGGCGUCUUCACGUUCCUUGCAUCAGAUCCUGACAGUGGAAUGAAUGGACUUGUCACUUACACACUGAUGUUUAGUAAUGCUAGCGAGUUCUGGGUUCUUAACUCGUCUACUGGAGAACUCACUGUAAAAGGUAGGCUAUAAUUUCAGAGGGAACAACUAUUUUUAAUUUUAUAAUGUUGCUCGUUGCCCAUUUCUUGACAAUGAAUUGUGCCAUCUUUGAACACAUAGCAAGGAUCUGUUAUAUAAAGUUGCCAAUGUAUAGUUACGUUGUAAGAAUGAAUUUUAAACUAAGGCCCGGUUCAGAGGCCGAACUUUUCAUGAGCCGGACCUAAUACAUUGAAUUAAGUACAUGAAAAGCUCGGCGUCUGAAUCAGUUAGGAACUCCUGUUUCAAUUUGGAACGGCUCAGCCGCUCUUUUCGCCUAGCCCGGCCGGGAAUUUCGCCUUUGCCGGAGCGACUUUGGAACAGCUUUGAUUCAGACGCCGAACUUUUCAUGUACCGAACCUAAUGCAUAAAUUAUUAUAACGUAUUUUGUAAGAAGUUUGACCGAAAUGAGUAUUUUUCGCCUUUUGAACUUAGUUCAGCUGCAAUUAAGAUCGGCGUCUGAAUCAAUUCAGCCGGUCUAAAUAAUCCGGGUCGGCCUUAAUUAGAAUUAGGUUCGGCUCAUGAAAAGAUCGGCGUCUGAACCGGGCGUAAGUAUAAUUGAGGGAAUAAAUUAAGCUUUUCGUCGCUUAAGUGUCAGACGACAAGCAAUGGUCAACCAAAAAGUCCGGAAUUUAUCUUCAGGGGUGUUUUGAAGGUGUUGAACUUUUGCAUUUAUUUAAAAACGGACGUGUUUUAGCUUCCUUUGCAUGCUUAAGUAGCUUAAUCUUACGUCGAUUGUAAUCCUUAAUCUAAACUGUCUCCUGCUUAGCUUCAAAUUUAGUCCUGAUAGUGCAUGCAGUUCAUCGUGUAAGCAAAUCCAUUUCAGAAAACGUGCGACUUUGCUUACGUAAACUGCUUAAUCAUAGCACGUUAAGAAGAGAUUUCGAGUCUUUUGAAGAUUCAGGGAUUCGUGUCUCUAUUUCUCAAAUAAUGAAUGAAUUUUCGAGAGGCUGUAGAAUUUUAAAAGCUCUUGUCUCUGAAUUCCCAUCUUAUGUUGGCAAGGGCCUUCUGACCAGGAAUAAACAAUUUUCUAGCGGCGACUUUUUACAACAUUUAGGUGCCGCUUUUAGUCCAACUUCUUUCACAUAUGUGUGUAUAAACACUACUUAAGUCAGUCAACUGUAUUUAUCUAAUCAUGCUUUCGAUCAUCGUGUGACCGCAAUACUGGUUUUAUCUCUCCUUUCCCUAGCCUCACUUGACAUGGACAGCCAGCAGGUAUCCACGUGGACACACACGUUAAUGGUCAUGGCACAAGAUGCUGGUACGCCAAUACUUAACUCCAACGCUACCCUUGUAAUUCACAUACUUCUCGCAAACGAAUUUGCACCUAGUUUUGCAGCUGCAGACGUGUCAGUGACGAUUAGCGAGGACAUAACCCAGGGAAGCGUUGUUUUCGAUGCAAAUGCGACAGACGCAGACUUUGGGUCAGACGGGGAAAUAAGAUAUAGUAUCACAGACGGAAAUAAUGACUUGAAAUUCUAUAUCAGCUCCCUCACUGGUCAGAUAACCACUCUUUCAACUCUAGACCGCGAGUCUCAAGACGCAUAUCACCUCCUAGUGGAAGCCACAGACAGCGCCACUUCAGGUCAAAGGAAGACUGGGACAAUGACAGUUCAUUUGAGCCUAAGUGACGUCAAUGACAAUACUCCAACCUUUUCGGCGAAUCAGUACGAUGGAGUUGUCUUUGAAAACGUUACAAACAGCGAAGAUAUCCUUAGUGUUCAUGCCGCAGACCCGGAUUUGGGAACAAAUGGAAAUGUCAUCUAUUCAAUUGAAAGUGGAAACGAACAAGGUUUCUUCAGCAUCGAGGCCAAUCAAGGAAUCAUCCGGUCGGCAAAGAGCCUGGAUCUGGAGUCCCAAAACCAGCUUGCUGACCACACCUUUACUUUGGUGAUACUUGCAAAAGAUCAGGGUACCCCAGAAUCUCUGAACAGUUCAGUCUCUGUAACUCUUAAGGUUCAAAGUGUUAAUGAAUUCGCACCAGUUUUGAUCCAUGCGGAUAACCAAGUCAGGGAACUUAGUGAAAAUACCAGUGUGUCACAGGUGGUUUUGGACGUAAAUGCUACCGAUCAGGAUUAUGGAGCAGAUGGUGUUCUUACCUACUCUAUCACUGCUGGGAACAGUUUAGGAACUUUUGCUAUAGACAACGUUACAGGUUAGUUUUGAAGAUUAAAAGCCUUGUCUUUCAAAAAUGAGUUGCCAAAAUCGAUCGAGAAAUUGUCUGUCUGGAUCAAAAGUAGCACUAAAAAAGAAAUUUUAUAUUUAUAAUUUGAAUCGGCUAAGAAUAAUGCUUUCAAGCAUAGUUAGUAGCGAAGGAGACUGGUUAAGAAAACCGACAAAAAUCAGAGAUGAAAAUACAUCAUUUGUGAGUGAAUAAAUUAAUGCGUCGAUUUUUAUUCUCAAAAUGUUAGGAACGCUUUUGUAUGCUGUGCACAGUCAAGUUUGAAAAGGCUAAGGAAAAAAUCUUACAAAGAAGUCUAACGAGCUUCAUAACUAUUGUUGUAAAUGAAGCUCGAUGCUUUACAGCAAACUGUAAGCUUAAUGAUACAACGCUUUUAAACAUCUUAUUUUUCUCGAACAGUUAGGCCUAAAUUAUAGCGGAACCCAUUUUAAGCGUGCGCCCUGUGUUAGGUGGCACGAUCGAGUCCAGUGAAUCGCCGGCCACAACUUCUUUCGCCAUGCUAGAAAAUAAUUUGGUACUGAGGCCAAUUUACUGACACCUUCUAUUAUUUCCUACAACAUAAAGAGUUAGGCUCCUUGGUCCUAUUCAGUUGAACUCUACAAGAUCUUAAGUUUGCGAUACCUCCUUUACAAUGAAUCUUCGAGAAAUGCUUGGGGGGAGGCUGGGUUUGGGUUAGGUAUCCAAUCUCAAACCAGAAAAUGAUGGAUGUAAAAUAUCUACAAACAAAGAAUUCCACAUCAUUACUGAAAAUGCGGUCUUCUCCUUCUUUUGUCAGGUGUUAUAACUUUGGCAAAACAGUUAGACUUCGAGACAAUCAGUCAGCAUAACUUGGUUAUCUCCAUAUCCGACAACAGUGCAAACGCGAAUGAUAGAAAACACACCACAGCUCACCUGGAAGUACGAGUUAUUAACGUUGAAGACAGCCUUCCCUACACAGCAGAAGUGGAAAUGUUACAGACGUAUAUCGCCUCGCCAGCAAAUCCGGCAGGCUUAGCUGGUAUCACAAGUAGGUCGGCUUUGGAAAUACGUCUGUUGUACACAAACGGAACUACCAUGGACAUAACUAACGAAUCACAUCGUUACAUAUUAGAUGACGUUUCCAAAUCUAACAGCCUUUUCAGUGUUGUGGUCACUGAUAGCUUACCAUUCGUGGUUGCUAAUAAUAACGGCUUGUCCGGAUCAGGAAAGCUGCUUGUUCAUGUAACAAACGUGAAGACCAUCGAGGUCAAUGUCACCGUGAUCGGCAGCAUUAGACUUUCCAUGAAGGCUGUAUCGUAUCCUGAGAUUCCCGGUACCAACGAGGUUGCCGAGCUGAAGCAAGUUAUCGCCGGGCAUUUUCAGCGGGUUUUGCUCAAAAUACUUCUUAACUUGACAAAUGGUGACCAGGUAGACGUUUCCCUUUCAUUAAAUACUUCAUUUGUGUUUACAAAUGCCCAGCAAGUUGGCGGAACGUACGAGAUUGGACCUGCGCCACGCAAUCUUUUUACAGUCCUCGGACACGGUCUGAGCGGUAGUGUAUCUCUGCAAGCAGUCUUUGCUCAAAGUCUUUCAGCAAGCGUUAAUCUGACACUGUCUUCGACACUCCUUAAACUGGUAACAAUAAAUCGUUUUGGUUUGAAGAACGUCAACACUACCUUAAGUGGUGUAACUGUGGUCACAAAAGUGCAGCCAUUUGCUGAAUUGCAAAUGGAAGACGGGUCCAUCCAUCUCUUAGACAACUUCACUAUGUACAAUGGGCUCCUCACUUUCACCUCUAGCGAUGCCGCCGUAGCCUCAGUGAACCCAGAUUCCGGCGUUGUGACUCUUCUAUCAGACAGCAGCACUCCCAUAACCAUCACAGCCAGGGCUGUUUCAAAUACAAGCAUAACAGCGGUGGUAUCUUUCUACUGUAACCUUGAACCGCGUCAAGGUGAAGUUGAUAUUGGUGACAAAGAAGGGCCAGCAAUUCCUCCAUUAGCUACAAACGAACCUUGGACAAUGUCCGUCAGAAUGAACCCCGGAAAACUUGGCAUCUUGGCUGUGCAAGUGGAAAUUUGGUUUAACACCAGUGACGUUCAAAUGGUCAGCAUCAAUACUGAUCUUCCAUACUCAUUUGCACACAACACGAUACACAUUUUUGGGUCAGUAGCCGAAGCUAAGGCACUAACGGAGGACAUCGCCGAAGUUGUGUUUACGUCCCUCAAAAGUGGUGUUCCUGAAGUCAUCUACCGGUCUUUUAGGACGGUCGACAAGGAUUUGACACCUGUACCUUCUAAGGCGGCUUCUUCUUGUUCCAGUAACGUUUUUGGUGAUAUCGACUUGGAUUGCACAUUUGACAUUGUUGAUGUUGCUUUUAUAAGUGCGUACAUUGCUUCCUCUAAGGCUCAGUUCACCGAUACUUUAGGUUCAAAGAUGAGUGCUGUGUCGACUUCUCAGAAGUCGUCGAUGGACGUCAACUGGGACGAAGCAAUAGACAGCAAGGACGCCACUUUCUUGUCUUUCAUUUAUCUUGAUAAGGCAAAGUUUGUGGCAAAGCUAACUUACCAGAUCCCGAACCACCAAGGAAUAUCUUUAGACAAAUGCGCUUUAGAAAUCACGGUAGAGUUAUCAAACAAAGAUGGUUCCUUGACUUCAUCUGCACAAGCAGAAGUAUACUUUCUCUUUUCACACUCGACUGGACCCGUGGCUGAGCAAUUCAGUCAGACAGUGUUUACCGCUGGAUCGAAAGUGAGCGUUGAGGGAAUCUCUUCUGUACAAGGAUUGAUCAAGGCCAACUAUGAAAACGGCAAGUUUCUUGUGGCUGCCAAGAAUUCCGAGCUAGAGUCUAGCAACGUCGGUAUUUCCAUUAUACAAUCCAUACCUUUUAAUGGACAGAGGUUUGUUGUUCCUAUAUUCCUUGCGUCACCUCCCGUGUCUACUGGUGCGGUAGAUGUUUCUUGGGUAAGAAGCCAAGCAGCUAGAAACUUCGCACCUCAGCGCAAUCUACAGUUUUCUGAGUCCACUACCACAUGUAACAACCAACUACGGUCAGUUGUGGUGAUCGUGGUGAUUACUUUUGAAGGAGAUUAUGUCGUGAUUGUCAGCGGAAGAGAAGCGCAAUUCGAGAGCUAUUGUAUAACAGCCUUUUCUGUGAAGUACCCGGAUGUAAUCAUAUACAGUUGUAAAGCCAGUAGAGGAAGCAUUAUCGUUGAAAUCAAUAUGACCGUAGCUGAAACAAAACGUAACUCGACACUUGCUAAAAUAUGGGAGGAUGUGAGCAAGGGAUUAGAACUAAACUUUAAUGGUACAACAAUUAUUACCUUGCCAAAGAUGCUGGUUGAUGGAAAGGAGUAUGGCAAUAACGUACCAGUGAAAACACCCGAAGAAAAGAGUCGAAUGCCAGUUUUCAUUAUCAUUGUUGCUUGUGUUGUCUCAUUUGCUGUUAUUUUAAUCAUUGUCAUCGUGGUUUACUGCCUUUACCGACGGAGACAAAAUUUGGGCAAGAUUAAUCCAUCACCCCCUAGUACUCCUGAUGAAGAUAGUGAAGUAAAGUACCUUCCGGAAAAAGACACCAGGUAUAUAGCGAUGAGUGCGAGCCCAUCCAGGUCUUCCCUACAAGAGCGAGAUGGCAGUGCCUUUAGACGCCCAACCCCCAUAGCGUUCACAGGCCCUGUAGAACCAGCUUUUGAAGAGAAAGAAGAACAACUUUUGGAUUCUCAGGUAUGUUUUAUGUCAUGUUCGUUUUGAAGCAAAAAAUUGAUUGGCUUAUACGUAAAUGAUCGUGCAUACCCUUUCGCUAGAAGAUUAAAGAGAUAGUUUUAAAAAGCCUUUAAAAAAAACAUACACAAACGUCAUUUUCUUCAAGAACACGAAAAUUCCUCCUCUAUUUGGUUUACAGUUCAGCGCUGAUAAGGGUUUAAGAAAUAGCCUCAAUUCUGGAAACAAAUUAAACAAAGAACUUAUUACAUGUACGUAUACAUCGCAGCAACUUAUUUACUAUAAAAAAUUUGAUAAAACGGGUACUUUUUAAACUGGGACGGCUUCUCUAACUCGGCAUCGUUCUCGAAGAAAACGGAAAAAAAACAGCAGGAUAUUAAUCAGCCCUAAGGCCUAUCCACUAUCGUACUGGAGUAUGUAUUUAAUCAUACAUAGCUUUCCUCUAAUCUAUACAUACUGUUACGUACCAACAGGCGAACACAAAUCCAACUUAAGGAGGGAAAAUCCUGCUUACUUUGGACAGGCCAGUUAAAACUAAUUUUACUAUUGCGUUUUCUUCAGAGACAAACCACGCCUUCAAACGACGGUUCAAAUGACCGACCUAAAGCUAUUUUAGCAUUCCCGGUUGUCCCAAGUAAGAAUCCAAGUCCCAGUCCCUCUCCGCGACCAUCUAGUCAAAAGAGCAUAGAGUUAUCAGAACGUUCAGAAUCCCCUGACACGGUGUCUUCGGAGACUUCUGCUGUUAGCCCUCCUAUCUCCCCAUCUGGAUUAUGGCCGACCUGUGACGUUCAGGAGUCUCAGCAGGAAGAUGAAUACGAUGCAGAUGGCAUGGAGGAGAGUAUCAGACAAGAAGCUGCUCUGAGGCGAAGAGCAUCGUCCAUGGAUUUUGAUACUGAGCAGACAUUUGAAGCGAUGCCUGGUUUCUUAACACCAGGUAAGAUUGUUUGGAUACAUACUUGUGUAUCAAGAAGCAUUAAGACUUAAUUACUUUAAAGUAAAAGCACGCGCAGCUAGACGCUUGAAUUAUGUCAUUCUUCAUGAACGAAUUAACAACUUGCUUUGAAAUUGACUCAACUAAUUAAUGAAGAGAAAACUAUUAUGCUCUUAAUUCUAAUCCAUCAAAUAAUUGGAAAAAUGUCACUCCUGUGUUUGAAUUUCUGUUGUCAGCACUAUUAGGUGGAUAACUAAGGCACCGAUGUGUGCUCUUGAAAGUGAAGAGUCUUUGUUUGAUUGUGUAUCACAGGGAACCCGAACGCUGUAUUAGCUAAUAAAAAUUAGAUGCUUUUAAGCUGUAUUAGCUAAUAAGAUAAGAUGUACUUACCUGUGUUCCUGUGUCUUUAUGAGUUGUUUUGGAAGGGAUUUGAAUCCGAUCAGAGACGGUUAACAUUGCUAAUAUCAAAUGGUUGUUCGUCUGGCGCUUCGUAAAUAGGACGUGAAGUUACGUCUCAAGUUUCCAAUACAAAAGGAGAGCUAAUAGUUAACUUGAGACGUAACUGUCUCGUCCGACGCUCCAGAAAACAAACAUUUGAUACCGGCAAUGUUAACCUUCUCUGAUCGUAUUCAAAUCCCUUCCAAAACGACUCAUAAAGACACAGGAAUACAGGUAAAUACAUCUUAUUUUAUUAGGUAAUACAGCGUUCGGGUUCCCUCUGUGUAUUUUUGUUUAGACUGACGGACGAACAGACUAGGUUAAACGUGCCAUUAACCUAUAUCUCAGUCUUGGGAACAAUUUUCUGGAGAACGCUUAUGAAAUUCUCAUAAAACACCGGGGAAAAUGUGCGAUAGACCUAUCGACAAGCAACUCAUUUUGGGUAGAAUAGAGCUAGAUGAUAAGGAACCACGCACAAGUGAAAUUCCGGAUGGAUCUUCAUGUUGGCAUGUGCCGGACGGGCAUGGUCCACCGACCUUUGGUUGAUCAUUCUGGUUGGGUGUGGUAGACGGCAAAGAGAAAGGGAAACGCUAGAAAUGGAAAUCAAAUUUCUAACAUUUAAAAUUUAGGUCUCCUUCUAAAUAAAAGUUCUUUUCUCUACGUACUAACGUAACGAUAUUACUUUUUUCAACAGAUUCACAAAUAAAGCGACGUAAGAUGGAAAUCAAAGUCAUCCGCCCUAAUCCCGAGAUUGGUGUUCUUGCGCACAUGGCGGGGGUGGUAAAAAUCAAUCAGUCUGGUACCCUCCAAGAGAUGCGCGAAGACAUUAACCGAGCGAUACCAACAUAUCUGGGUUCUCUCAAAUUUCUAUUUUUGUCACGCAAGUUCAAGAUUAUUGACCCUCGAACAGAAAGCCAAUUAAUUGUAUCCGGGAUCUACAAAAAGACUGUUUAUGUGAAGGUUUUCCACGGAGCAGGUAAGAUAACUUACACAGUUUUGUGUCAGUCAUCACCAGAUGCCCUUACAACUUGACCACAAAGUUAGAACGUCUGAAAGUUAUUUUUCUUACAAAAUGAUUUAAUAAAGUUUAAUCUUGAAGUCAAUAUAAUUCUCAUCAUGAGCAAUUAAACUGUUAAGUUUUUUCUUCUCUUGCAUCGUGAAUGACUUGAGAGCCUGACUUAUCCAAAACCACACUGAAAACCACAGUCAAAUGGACUCAACAAUCUUUCCACUGGAUUUGCCUAGAGCCGAUAGUUACACCAAUGAAUCACCGAUAGACUUCUCUUCUCAACAUUAUUUUAAGAUUGUGAAGAUCAUCCAGAGCCAGAAGCUUCAAAAACUUUGAACAUUUAUUCUAAUUUAAAAGCCAUUUAGAAUACUUUUCCGCCACAACUGAAGAAACUGGUUCUUAUGUCUCAUAUGAAAAAGGGUUUACAGGAAAUCGAAUGGAGGAAAACGUCAACUUUCUUUAAUCACUGAGAUCAUUUCCCGAGUUAAAAUAGGUACUUUAUUUAAGGACAAACUUAUGGAGUAGUCCGCACUCCCCUUACUCCCAAUCCCCCGUAGUUAAAAUAGAUGUAAUCCUCUGAAAGUCACACAAAGAUCGUCAUAAUUUUCAUACAGAGCUUGGCUGAUGUAGCUCUGAGAAAAAGUCGUCAAGACUCAGCAGUUUUCCAAUAGAUUGUUUCGUAGAUUAGUAGUUGAUUAUAUUUUAUCAGGGCGACCCACUGAUAAAAACAACAACUACAUUUCCCCUGUUGUGAUUACACAAAUUUAUUUUACCUCAAUUUCCAUCCUGACAGAAAACUGUGAGUAUUUUUGCUUGUGCGGCAAAGUGGCGUUUACGUGGUGUCCAAAAUGCAACGUUCAAGGGUACUGUGGGGACGACUGUCGCCAAAGAGAUGAGAGGGAGCAUGGUAAGUUAUGCAGCAGCAACAAAGAAAAGGCCUUACAACAUGCCCGUAUGAGGCGAAUAUCCAGAGCGGACAAGAAAUGA